CAAGUCACUCACGUCCGUCUCCCUGUUGAUUAGGACAUGAAACCAUCUUGAGGACAGCACAGAACAAUGUAUAAACAACACACAGCCACUGGUGACUCUUUGAAAGGUCUGUAGCUCCCAGGACAGCAGUCUGUGGAGCCCUGAACCAUGGCUGAAUCAGAAGUAUACGAUGAUGAAUUCCUGGAAGAGUUCAGGGAGCAGAUAAUUUCUCGUGUGCAGCAUGUAAGGCCGAUAGCAGAUGCAGUGAUCGCCCAGCAGCUGGUACAGGAGGAAGAGGCGAGUAGUGUGCAGUCUGCUCCCGACCACCAGGAGGCGAUCAAGGCACUCUUCACGGCUCUGGAGGGAGCACCUUCACAGAGCAGACAGUCCUUCCUCCAGAUACUGAGGCAACAUGAGCCCAAACUCAUUGAAGAGCUUGAGAAGAGACAACAAAACAGCAAGGGCACACAAACGGAUAUCACACCGAGGCCAGCUGAAAAGAGGGAUGAAGGUGGUGCAAGGCAAAAAGCUGAAGGCCUUUCCAAAAGGGAGUCCCUGAAACGCCGCCGUCAGGAGACCAUGCAAGCCAUUGAGAAAAUCGAGAAGCUCUGGGAAGGGACAAAGAGAGAACGAGGAGAAAUAGACAGCAUGAGGGACAGGAUUCAGAGACAACAGAGCGAGAUCACUCAGCUGGUGGAACAGAAGCGGCAACAGCAGACAACCAUUGAACAGCUAAGAGCUCAACUUCAGCAAGCCAUGGAGAGAGUGGUGGAGAGUGGGGAGGAUGAAGACAAAGAAAGAGUGACCAUUGAACAGAUGAGAGCUGACAUUCACACAGAGAAAGAGAUGCUCGAACGCAGGCGCGAGGAGAUUUUUCGAGACCGGCAAGAGCUGGAGCUGACUAGGUACGAGAUGUUGAGAGCAAAGGAAGAGACAGAGAGAAACCAGCAGGUGACAAAACUGGAGAAGGAGAAGAUGGAUCAGAUGAAGACUGACAUCCAGAGACAAAUUUACGAAAUUGAAAAACAAAUUGAGGAGACAAAACAUGCAAAAGAGAACAUGGAUAGGAUGAGGGCUGAAAUGCAGAGUGAAAAGGAUGACCUGAAGAGAAAGAAGGAUGACAUACAGAAACAAAAAGAACAAUUUGAACAGAUAAAAAGCGAAAUAAAUACAGUCAAGGAAGAAAUGGAGAGGCGAUGGCAAGAUGCAGAGAAAGAGGAACGGGAACAACGAGAGCUCAUUCAGCAGGAGAAAGAUGAACUUCUUGACUUACAGAUUGAGUUGCAAACAAUGAAAGAGGAGGUCGAAAAGAGCAAAGAGGAAACCAACGAGGAGAGAGAGAGACUACACCAACAAAAGAAAGACUUAAAUCGACAAAAGGACAUGGUUGAAAAAAGAAAAUCUGAGGUAACAGGGAAAGAGAAGGAGUUUGAGAAGAUGAGGUUGGAGUUAAAAGAAGCACAAGAAGAAGUGGAAAGAGAAAGGGAGGAAGUGACCAAGGAGAGAGAGAAGAUUGACUUUACAAAAGAUGACAUUCAGAGGAAGACCAAAAACAUAGAACGAAGGAUAGAGGAAAAACGACAAAUGAGCAGAAAACUGGAACAGAUGAGAGCUGAGAUUCAAAAGGCAAAAGACACUCUGGAGAAACAGCGGGACGAUGUUCGCAAGGCAAAAGAAGACAUGGAGAGGCGAAAAUACGACACAAUGAAAGAAGAGAUUGAACAUCGGGCGGCAAUUCAAAAAGAGACAGAUGAAUUAGAGAGGAUGAAGGCAGAGUUGCAGAACGCAAGUGAAGUAGGGAGGCAGAAAGAGGCAAAAGAAAGAUUAAGACUGAAACAAUGGGCUGAAGACUUACAGCGAGAAAAAGAAACAACAGAAAGAAUGAAAGCCGAGACGAAGAUUGAAAAAGAAAACAUUGAGAGGAGGAAUGCUGAGAUUAUGAAAGAGAGGCAAGAGCUGGAGGACAUGAGGUAUAAUCUGCUGAAGGUCAGAGAGGAAACUGAGCAGAGCCGAGAGAUCAUUAAAAGAGAGAAAGAACGAAUGGAGACAAUGAAAGGUCACAUACAGUAUCAGAUUGAUGACAUUGAGCGUAAAGUUGAAGAAACGAAGGGGACGAAAGAGCAAAUAGACCUCAUGAAAGCAGAGAUACAGAAAGAAAAGGACGAGCUGGAAACCCAAAGAGAGAAGAACAGGCUGGAAAAAGAGCACUAUGAGUCAAUCAAGUCCGACAUCAUUCAGCUGAAAGAUGAAAUGGAGAAAAGGUGGUCUGAAGCCGAGCAAGACGAAAUGGAGCAGAGAAAAAGAAACCAACGAGAAAGAGAAAGUCUUGAGCAGCUGAAGGAAGAGAUUCAGAAGGAAAAAGAUGAAGCUGACAUGGCUAAAGAGGAAAUACGACUAGAAAAAGAACGCAUUGAUCAAAUGAAAGCUUCCAUGAAAGGUAAGAAAGAAUUGCUAAACAAAAAAGAAGAUGAGCUCCAGAGAAAAGAGGAAGAGUUUAAGCAACAAUUUGAGUCAGAGCAAGAAGACAUGCAAGGCAGACUUGCGACUGUACUAAAAGAAAGGGAUGAAGUCAACCUGAUGAGAAAAGAAUUACAACAGAAGUUAAAUGACAUUGAAAACAAAGUUAUGGGGGCAUCCAGAGCCCAACGAGAGGCAGAAGACAUACAAGAAGCCAUAAAGAAAGCUGAAUCUGUCCUGGAACAGCAGAGAAUUGAGACCAUGAAAGCCAGGGAUGAAAUAGAAAAAAGAAGAUAUGAAGUGGCAAUGGAGGAGUUGGAAAAGCGUGCUGAGCUCCAAAGAGAGAGAGAGCAAUUGGAAAACCUGAGCGCUCAAGUCCUGCUGUUACAGCAGGAUCAGGAUAACGCAAGAGAUCCUUUUGAAAGAGAGAUAGCCCAGAGCUUGCAGAGAGAGACCCAACAAGAGAGAGAAAUGUUGGAACAGUCGAGAGCUGCAAUACAGAGGGAUAGGGAUAAUCUUGAUAGGGCUAGGAGGGAGUCAGUGAUAGAGCAACAGAAUUUGGAAAAGGUACGUGAGGAAAUAAUGAGACUGAAAGAGGAGCUGGAAAGUAGCAGGUUCGUCAGCUUGAGAGAAGGCGUACCACAAAGGAUACAACAGGAGGCUGAGAUGGAGGAGAUCGAAAGGGCCAGAAAUCUUGUGCUCAGAGAGAGAGAAGUGAUUGAUCAGACCAGAGAGGCAGUGACACAAGAGAGGCAGGUGAUUGAACAGACCAAGACCGAACUUGAGAAGCAGACCGAAGAUCUAACAAGAAGGAUGUCAGAAAUGAAAGAUGGGGAGGAAAGAAUGCAGCAGAUGUGGGCAGAGCUUGAACGACAAAGGGAGGAGCUUAUGAGAAUGAGAGAAGAAGCACGAAAGCAAAUGGAGCCGUACGAACGGGUGAAAGAUGAGAUUGACAGAGUCAGGGCUGAGAUAGAGAGGAUGUGGGACGAAGCUGAGAGGGAAGAGAGGGAGGAACGGGAGAGGUUACAGGUAGAGAGAGAGGAAGUGAACGAAAGGGUGGAGGAGAUUAAGAGGCAAAUGCACCAGAUCGAGGAGAUGAAGACAGACCUGACACGGCAGAAGGAGGAAACUGAUGCCAAGAUUGAGAUCAUCCAAAGAGAGAUGGACCAGCUGAAGAGGAUGAAAACUGACAUCCAGAGACAGAGAGAGGAGCUGGAGAGCAAAACAGCAGAGACAAAGAUGGAGAGAAAGGAACUGGAGAAGAUUCGCUCAGACAUCCUGAAACAGAAAGAGGAAGUGGAGGCCAAAAUGCAGCGGGCCAAAAUGGAAAUGGAGGAGAUGAGGAGGAUGAGGGACGAGAUCCAGAGACAGAGGGAUGAGCUUGAGGACAGGAUGCAGAAAUCCAAACGAGAAAUGGCGGAGAUGGAAUACAUGAGUGCUGAGAUGGAGAGAAAGAGGAAGGAGCUGGAACACAGGCUCCGGAAAACCAGGAAGCAGAGAGACGAGAUGGAGCAGAUGAAAGCAGAGAUCGAUAAGGCGAGAGAGGAGUUUCAGCUCAGAAAGGAAGAAGAAGAGGCAGAACGUGAGACACGAGACAUGGAGCAGCUUACGACAGAGAUGCAAAGGGCAAAAGAUGAAUUUGACACCAAAGAUGAGGAGAGUCAUGAAGGAGAGGUGGAACAGGAUGAAAUCAACACAGAAAUUCUGCGACUGGUCCAGGAGAUUGAGAGAACUAGAGAAAUGGUGUGGGGCACUAAAAUGGACAUGCAGGCAAAAAUGGAAAAGUGUCACAUGAACAUUGCCGACCGAGAGCUCAUGAACAUCGAGUUGCAACGACUCAUACAAGAAAUAGAACACAUCCGGGAACUGUUGAAAAAAAUAAAAAUGGAAAUCAGCCAAAGCCAGCACAUCUCCAAGACAGAGCGAGAUGAGCUGAGAAUGAUCAAAUUUGAGAUACAAAAAAAGAGAAGAGACCUUGACAGGAGGCUUGACAGGACCCUGAGAGAGAGAGAUGAGCUGGAGAUGCUCAAAUUAAAUAUAGCCAGACAGCGUGACGAGUUGGAGGAAAGGCUGAGAGAGUGUCUAACAGAGACAACAAAGUUAGAGGCAAGUAGGGAGGAUAUCCAACGCGACACAGAAGCCUUACAACUUGCUCAGGAGGAGACUGAGAAAAUGAAGGUGAAGCUGCAGCUGGACUUCAAAGACCUGAAGAAAGAGAGGGACAUUGUAGAUAAAAUGAAGGCUGAUAUAAUGCAAUUAAGACAAGGAGAGGAACACACCAUGGGAGAUGACCCACACAUGGAUGACUCUGGGAUGGGAGAUGAGCUGGACAGAUCUUUGGUCCUUGAAAGCCUAGCGGACUUAGAGGAACAGCGCAAAGAAGUGGCGCAUCAGCAAGAACUGCUCAUUAAAUGUAGAGUUGAACUUGAAGACAGAAGAGCUAAACUACACAGAGAGAAAGAUGAGAUGGAGAACAUGAAGGGAGAACUUGAAGAUGAAAAACACAAGGUGGAAUCUGUUGCCAAACAGCUCGAAGAAGAGAGGAAAAGAAUUGAGAGCAUGAACAUGGAUUCUGUCAGAGUGAAAGAAGAGCUUGAACUGAUGUAUGCUGAGUUACAAAGAAAGCAAGAGGGAAUCCAGCAUAGCCAAGCUCUGCUUGAUGAUGGCCACAGACUCCUGGAGGACAAGAAACAAGCAUUUCAACAAGAAAAAGAAGAGAACGAGAGGGACGUGAGAAAAAUCAAAGAAGACCUAGAACUCUUGAGGGAGGAUUUAGAGAGUCAAAGAAAGGCUUUUGAAAUUCCGGAAAGUAAAAUAGCAAUGCAGAAGAAAACUACUACAGAUGAGGUGAGGGCAGAAAGGCGCGCAUUAGAAGAAGAAGAAAAACAGCUUAAAAAACAGAAGGCUGAGUUUGAUGAAGACAUAAAGAGACAGACCAAAGAAUUAGAGGCCAGCAAAAUUGAACUAGAACAGAAAUGGAAAGACUUAGAACAUGUAAAGGAAUUUCUCCAAACUGAAAUACAACAACAAAGACAGGAAGCUCAGAUCCUACUGGACAAUGCAAUAAAAGCAGACAAAGAAAAGAGGGAACAAACAGAGAGGGAGAUGGAGCAACUCAAAACCAAAAUGGUGCUCAUGGAAGAUGACAUGGCCACUGUCCAGAGACAAAAACAGGAAAUCAAGUUCAAGCAUGACGAUAUUGUCACAACGAUGGAAAAAGUUAGAGUGGAUAUACUGACAUUAGAAGAGAAGGAAAUUCAAAUUAAGCGACAGAAUGAAGAUGUUGAGAAAAAAAUGGCCGAGACACAGAAAGAAAGACAGCACGUAGAGAGGCUAAAGAAAGACCUGUUAGAACAAAGAGAAGAAGCUGAAGCAAAACUGGAAAUAUUGAGAAAAGAAAUGGAAAAACUGGAAAUCAUUAAAAAUGAAGUGCAGGUGGAGAAAGAGGAUGCUGAUGACAAACUGCAAAAGAUUAGGAAGGAGAUCAGAGAGAUGGAAAUUAUUAAAGCUGAGCUGGAGGCCAAAAGGAGAGAGCUGGAGUACGCUAUAAGAAGAAACAUGAGAAAACUAAAUGAGAUCGAACGAUCAAAGACAACAUUUCAACAGGCUAAAGAAGACUUGGAAAGAAUUGUGGAAAGGAUAAGACUAGAAAAGACAGAGAUUAAGGAAAUGAAAGCAAUUUUUGAAAAUCACUUUCAAAUUGACAGACAGGAGCUAAAGAAUGUUGAAGCAGAGCUUCAACAGAAGAUACUCUCAUUUACAAUUGAGAACAACAAACUUGCAGAAAACAAAUAUGCAGUUCAAAUGCAAAUGCAAAGUUUACAAAAGGCUAGAGAAGAUUUGAGAAAGGACAGAUGUGACAUGGCAAAAGACUUUGAAGAAAUGGCAAAAAUAAUUGAAAACGAGCGGCAAAUGAUAUUACAGAAAAUAAAAGAAGAGAUCCAGAACUACAACAAGAAACUACACAAGAUGCAACAGUCAAAGGCCAUUGUAGAACAGGCUAAAGAGGAUAUAGACAAGGCAAUGCAGAUAUUUGCAUGUGAAAAGUCAGAGCUACGUCAAAUGAAGGCUGUUUUUAUGGACCAGGUAGCAUACAUAAAAGAUCAGUUUCAACAAAUUGAGAGGGAAUUUCAGCAGAAGAUUGAUCUCAUUCAUAUGAAAACCAGCACCUUGGAGGAAGCUGAAAGUGCACUUCAUAUCCAAAGGGAAAGACUACAGAAAGAUAAAGAAGAUAUGGACAAGGAAAGAGGUAAAAUGAUAGAUGAGUUUGAGGAACAGAGAAUAAUCUUAGAAACAGACAGGCAAACACUGGACAAAAUCCGAGAAGAUUUACAAAGACAGAGUGAUGAAAUUGCCCUAAAAAAGUCUGAGAUUACACAAAGUGAGGUUGACAGUGAAAGGGUGAAAACAGAAAAUGAAGGUGGCCUAAAAAGGAAAAUUACAGACGCUUCUGUUGAGACUGAGCAACUUCUCAAAGCAAAGGAGGAGCUGAACUCAAAAAUGGAGGGAAUUAAAAAAGAGAUGGAGAAACUUCAGCUAGUCAAGGACGACCUCAGAGCAGAAAGGGACGAAAUUGAUAACAAAAUGGCACAGACCAGGAAAGAGAUCGAAAAUAUGGAGGCCAUCCGUGCUGAAAUUGAAAACCAUAAAUUGGAACUUGAGAAGGAAAUGUUUGUAAGUAGGGCUGAGAAAGAGGAAUUGGAGGUGUUGAAAUCGGACAUACAGACACAAAAAGAAGAAACCGAGUCAAAGCUACUGAUGUUGAAAGAAGAGACAGAGAACAUGGUAACCAUUAUGGAGGAGAUGAAGACAGAGAAAGAAGAAUUGGAAAAUAAAAUCCAAAAGAUGAAGAAGGAGAUUGAAGAGAUGGAACUGACCAAAGCUGAGCUGGAAGCCAGGGAAAGAGAAUUAAAGCACAUAAUCAGAAAACAUACAAAGAAACUACAUGACAUGGAACGAUCAAAGACUGACCUCAAGCAGGCAAAGGAAGAGGUGGAGAAAGGAAUGCAAAGAAUUGCUCUAGAAAAGGUCGAAAUACACAAAAUGAAAACAAUGUUACAAGACCAAUUGGACAGCGAUAGAAAUCAGCUCAGGCAAAUGGAAGAAGAUCUUCAGCAGAGGAUUGGCCUAAUUGAUAUUGGGAAUACGGAACUGAGAGAGUUUGAAAGUGCACUUAAAAUAGAAGCACAAAAUCUACAGACAGCCAAAGAGGACAUGAUGAAAGAAAGAAGUAAAAUGACAGAUGAAUUUGAAGGACAGAGGAAAGUCCUUGAAAUGGAGAAGCAAAUGCUGAACAAAAUCAGAGAUGACUUAAAUAAACAAACCGAAGAAAUAACCUUGAAGGUGGAGAUUGAACAAAGUGAGGCUGAUAUGGAAAAGAUGAAAACUGAACAGCAGGUUGCCUUGGAACAAACAAGUACAGACACAUCUACUGAGACUAAACAACUUGCUACAGCAAAGGAAGAGCUCCAGAUUGAGAGGGCUAAAAUGCAACAAGAACUUGAAGCUCUUCAGCAUUUCAAGGCCUACCUGACGACAGAAAGGGAAAAUAUUGACAGUAAAAUGAUAGCGACACAAAAAGACAUUGAGAUUCUGGGUAGAAUGGACACUGAUAUUCAAAAACAGAAAGCUGAUCUAGAGAGAGAAAAGCUUCAAACACAAGCUGAGAAAAAUGAUCUGGAGACACUAAAAACUGACUUAGGUAAACAAAAAGAAGAGACUGAGUCUAAGCUAGUGAUGCUGAAACAAGAGAUUGAGAACAUGGAAAUGGCAAGGAAAGGCACACAGAGACAAAAAGAGGAACUGGAUGACAAGAUCCAAAAGAUAAAGAGGGAGACGGAAGAGAUGGAACUAACCAUUGUCGAGUUGGAGGAGAAGAAAAGACAAUUAGAGCACACCAUCCGAAAACAGGCAAGAAAACUGUCUGAUAUUGAAGAAUCAAUAAUUAGCCGACAACAGGUUAAUGAGGAGGUGGUAAAACAAAUGCAGAGAUUUGCCACAGAAAAGGAACAAUUGAUUGAAAUGAAAACAGAGUUCCAAGACCAGGUUCAGAAUAGUAGAAAUCAACUUCAGCAGAUAGAGAGGGAAAUUCAGCAAAGGAUCAACCUCAUGGAUAUUGAGAGCAAGAACCUAAGAGAUGCUGAAGGUGACCUUCAAAUUCAAACACAAAAUCUGCAAACCGCCAAAGAAAAAAUAGAAAAUGAGAAAGCGAAAAUAGCAGAUGCGUUUGAAGAACAGAGAAAAAGCUUUGAAAUAGAGAGGCAAUUUCUUGACAAUGCCAGACAAGAGAUGCUUAUUCAAAGUGGAGAAAUGCAGAUGAGGGAGAGGAAGGUGGAGCAAAUGGAAGCAGAUAUUGAAAGAAUGGGAAAAGAAAAGGAAUCAGCAUUAGAAAAACGAAUAAAAGAAGCCUCUACAGAGACUGAACAGCUCCGUGAAGCAAAGGAAGAAUUCAACACAAAGAUGGAGGACAUGAAGAAAGAAAUGGCUAUGCUUCAGCAGCUCAAGGAUGACCUCAACUCAGAAAGGCAGCAAACUGACCAAAAAAUGGAGGAGACCAAGAUGGAAAUUGAGACUAUGGCAAGGAUGAAGACUGAAAUUCAGCAACAGAGAGCAGAGCUGAAGAGGGCAAUGUAUGAAACCAAUAAUGAGAAAGAAAGUCUUGAGGUGCUCAAAUCUGAGAUAAGGGAACAAAAAGACGAUACUGAGUCAAAGCUGUUGAUACUGAAGCAAGGGAUGGAUGAAACCGAAGCCAUGAGGGAAUACAUCAAGAGACAGAAUGAAGAGCUAGAUUACAAAAUCCACAAGAUGAAGAGACAAAUUGAAGAGAUGGAACUCACUAAAGCGGAGCUGGAGGCCAAGCGAAGGGAACUAGAUCAUGCCACCAGAAAACAUGCCAGGAAACUGAAUGAAAUUGACAAAUCAAAGGUCGCCCUAAAGCAGGCAAAAGAAGAGAUAGACAGAGAGAUUGGGAGAAUUGCUUUUGAAAAGGACCAACUGAAUGGAAUGAAAGCCAUUUUGAGACAGCAACUAGAGAAUGACAGAAAUAAACUUACACAACUAGAAAGAGAGCUACAACAGAGAAUCAAUCUUAUUGUCAGUGAGAGCAACAAAGUACAAGCAGCUGAAAGUGCACUUCAAAUUGAAACACAACAUCUCCAGAAAGAUCAAGAAGAUAGGGAAAAAGAGAGAGUUAAAAUGGCAGAACAGUUUGAGGAAGACAGAAAAGCAAUUGCGACAGAGAGUCAUUUAUUGGACAAAGCCAAAGAAGAGCUGGAGAAAGAGGCCAAAGAAAUACAAAGCCGACAGAUGGAAAAGGAAGCAGAGUUUGAAAGGAUACAAACAGAAAGAGAAGGUGCGCUGGAAGCAGUAAUGAAAGAAGUCUCUGUUGAGACGCAAUACCUUGCUAAAGCGAAGGAGGAACUCAACAAAAGAAUGGGGGAAAUGGCAAAAGAAAUGGACAAACUUCAGAGCAUGAAGGAUGGCCUGAGAGUAGAAAGGGAUGAAAUUGCCCAUAAACAGAAAGAAAUAAGGACAGAAACUGAAAACCUGCAGGCAAUACAGGGUGACAUUCAAAAGCAGAAAACAGAGCUUGAGGUGGAAAUGCUUCAAGCAAAAGCAGAAAGAGAACAACUGGAUGCAUUACAAGCUGACAUAUGUAAACAAAAGGAGGACAGUGAAACAAAACUGUUGAUGCUGAAGCAGGAGAGGGAGGGAAUUGGAAUCUUGACAGAAGACAUCCAUAGGCAAAAAGCGGAGCUGGAUGAAAAAAUGCAAAAGAUGAAGAGUGAGAUGGGACAGAUGGAGCUGAUUAAAGUGGAGCUGGAGGACAAGCAUAGGGAAGUGGAGGAAACCAUCAGAAAGCAGGCCUGGAAAAGAAAUGAAAUUGAACAAUCAAAGACUGACCUAAAACGUGCUAAAGAGGCAGUUGAGAAGGAAAUGCAGAGAAUUGCUCUUGAAAAGGAAGAACUGAAUUUCAUGAAAAUAAUUUUCAAGGAUCAGUUAGACAAUUACAGAGGUCAGCUUCACCAAAUGGAAAUUGAAAUUCAGCAGAGGAUCCACCUCAUAAACAUUGAUGGCGAAAAAUUGAGAGAGUUUGAAAGGGCUCUCCAAUUCCAAGCACAAAAUCUACAGAAGGCUGAAGAACAUAUUGUAAAUGAGAAAAGUAGAAUGAUUGACCACUUUGAGAAUCAGAGACAAAAUCUUGACAUGGAGAGGCAAGCACUAAACAAAUUCGGAGAAGACCUACAGAAACAAAAUGAAGAAAUAAGCCUUAAGAAGGCAGAGAUUGUGCAAAGCGAGGCCGAAUUGGAAAAGAUGAAAAAUGAAAGGCAGAGUGCUUUAGAACAAAUGUUUAGAGAUGUAUCUGCAGAGACUGAACAACUUGCUACAGCAAAGCAACAACUCCAAAGGAAAAUGGAAGAAAUGCAACAAGAAUGGGAAGCACUUCAGAAGCUGAAAGAUGAUCUGCAAACAGAAAGGGCAGACAUUGAAAGUAAACUGGAGAAGACAAAGUUGGCAAUGGACACAUUGGAGGGAGUGAAAGCUGAAGUUGAAAAACAGAAAUCUGAGUUUCAGAGAAUUAUGUAUGAAACAAAUGUUGAAAAAGAACAACUCAACACACUAAAAUCUGAAACAAUGAAACAAAAAGAAGAAUCAGACUCAAAGCUACUGAUGCUGCACCAAGAGAUGGAAAACAUGGGAAUCGUGAGGAAACAGAUUCAGAUGCAGAAAGAGGAACUGGAGGACAAAAUCCAGAAGAUGAAGAAAGAAAUGGAAGACAUGGAACUCACCAAAGCUGAACUGGAAUGGAAGAGAAAACAACUAGAACAUACAAUCAGAAAACAGACCAAGAAACUAAAUGACAUGGAGAAAUCAAAAACCACCCUCAUGCAGACAAAAGAAGAACUGGGCAAGGAAAUCCAAAGAAUUGCCCUGGAAAAGGUUGAAAUAAACAAAAUGAAAACCAUUUUCAUUGAUGAGCUGGGAAAUGACCAAAAAAAGCUUCAACAAAUUGAAAGAGAACUUCAGCAGAGGAUCAAUUUAAUUGACGCUGAGGGCAAGAAAUUGACAGAUGAGUUUGAGAAUAAGAGUAAAUCCCUUCAAAUUCAAAAGGAAACAUUGGAUAAUAUCAGAGAAGAGUUACGUAAAGAAAGUGAAGAAAUAACACUACAGAAGGCAGCAAUUGCACAAAGUGAGGCUGAGAUUGAGAGAAUGAAAGUGGAAAGGCAAAGUGCUCUGGAAAAGGUAAUUGCAGAGGCUUCCGCUGAAAGUGAGCAACUUGCUACACUGAAGGAAGAACUGAAUAUGAACAUGGAAAAAAUUCAACAAGAAAUGGAAAAUGUUCAACGGCUCAAGGAUAAUCUCAAAACAGAGAGGGAUGAAAUUCAGAGUAAAACCGAAAACACAAAAGCAGAGAUGGAGAGAGAAAAGACUGAAAUUGAAAAACAGAGAGCAGAGCUUCAGGCAACUAUGUACGAGAUAAAAGCUGAGGAAGAAAAACUGGAAGUAUUGAAGUCUGACAUAUGGAAACAAAAGCAAGACACUGAGUCGCAGUUGGUGACACUGGGACAAGAGAUGGAGAACAUGGCAGCCAUGAAGGAACACAUCCAGAGGGAGAGAGACGAAUUGGACUACAAAGUCCAAAGGGAAAGGGCUGAAAUUGAAAGUAAAAUGGAAGAGACAAAAACAGAUAUUCAGAAUCUGGAAAUGAUAAGGGCAGAAAUACAGACUCGAAAAGCAGAGCUUGAGGUGACAAUUCAUGAAACGAAGGCUGAAACAGAACAAAUGGAGCAGCUAAAAUCUGACCUGAGGGCGCAGAAAGAAGACACUGAAGCAAAGCUCCUGAUGCUGACUCAAGAGAUGGAGAAAAUGGAAGCCAUUCAGAGACAGAGAGAGGAACAUGAUGAUGCCAUGAAAAGGGAGAGGAGACAGAUAAAACUGGCUAAAACUGAACUUGAGGCAAAGAGACUAGAUCUGGAACACACCUUCAGAAGACACGAGAAGAAACUGAAUGAAAUGGAACAAACUAAGGCUAACCUACAGCAGGCUAAGGAGCAGGUUGGCCAGGAAAUGCAUAGAAUUGCUUUUGAAAAAGACAAAAUAAAUGAAAUGAAGACCAGUUAUACACACCAACUGGAACAUGACAGAAGUCAGCUUCAACACAUGAAAGGGGAACUUGAGCAGAAAGUUGAUGUCAUUGAAAAUCAGAGGAAAAAAAUAAUAGAGGAAGAAUGUGCCCUUCAAACCCAUGCUCAGUCUUUACAGAAAGCAAAGGAAGACAUGGAAAAUGAAAGAGCUAAAGUGGAAGAAAAGAGAAAAAUCUUGCAAACUGAGGGCGAUUUGUUAGAAAAAAUAAAAAUGGAGAUAGAGCGACAAUAUGAAGAAACAUCCAUGAGGGCAAUGGAACUUCAAGCAAGAGAAGCACAGUUUGAAACGAUGAAAAGAGAAGCUGAGGGUGCUCUGGAAGAGAAAAUGAAAGAAUUGUCUAUUAAGACACAGCACUUUUACAACGAAAAGGAAAAUCUAAACACACAAAGGGAAGACAUUAACAAAGAAAUUGGUUAUUUACAUCAUCUUAAGGUUGAACUCAAAGCAGAAAUGGAUGGAAGUGACAGAAGAAUGGAAGAAACAAAGACAGAGAUAGAAAAUCUGAACAAAAUCCAGGCAGAGGUCCAAAGACAGAAAGUAGAACUUGAUAUGGUUAUUCUUCAAGCUAAAGCUGAGAGAGAAGAACUGGAGACACUAAAGGCUAAUGUCAGGGGAAAACAGGAAGACACAGAUGCAAAGUUGGAGCUCCUGGGGCAAGAGAUGGAGAACAUGACAACAAUGAAAGGGCACAUCCAAAGGCAGACAGAGGAGCUAGAUGACAAAAUACAAAUAAUGAAGAGGGAGAUGGCAACAAUGGAACUCACUAGGGCUGAGCUGCAAGCCAAACAAAGGGAACAAGAACAUACCAUCAGAAAACAGAUCAGGAAACAAACUAAAAUAGAGCAAUCAAAGACUGACCUAAGGCAGGCAAAAGAGGACAUUAACAACGAAAUGCAGAGAAUAACUGAGGAGAAAGUUAAAAUAAAUGAAAUGAAAACCAUUUUCAGACAACAAUUAGAAAGUGACAGAUAUCAGCUCCAAGAAAUGGAAAGGGAAGUUAAAGACAAGGUAAAUGUCAUAGAUAUUGAGAACAGGAAAUUGAGGGAAACUGUGAGUGAACUUCAAAUACAAAGUAAAACAUUACAGCAAGUCAAAGAAGACAUAGAACAUGAAAAGACUACAAUGGCAGAGCAGUUUGAGGAAAAGAGAAAGGUCUUGGAAGCUGAGUGGCAUUUGUUGGAGAAAAUCAAGGAUGAGAUGAAGAGGAAAAAUGAAGAGCUAUUGAUCAGGGAGGCGGAGAUUCAGCAAAGAGAAACAGCAUUUGAAAGGAUGAAAACAGAAAGUGAAGGUGCUCUGGAAGUAACAAUGAAAGAUGCCUCUGUUCAGAUGGAACAGCUCUCCAAACAGAAGGAAGAACUGAAUAUAAAGAUGGAAGAAAUUAAGAAAGAGAUGACUUCCCUUCAGCAGCUUAAGGAUGAACUCAACACAGGACGGGAUGAGGCUGACAGCAAACUGCAGGAGGCAAAGACAAUACAGGCAGAAGUUCUAAGACAAAGGGCAGAACUUGACAUGAAAACUCUUGAAGCAAAAGCUGAGAGAGAAGAACUGGUGGCACUUAAAUCUGUCAUAAAGGAAAAUGAGGGGGAUGCAGAAGCAAAGCUGGCACUUCUGGGGCAAGAGAUGGAGAACAUGGCAACAAUGAAAGGGCACAUCCAAAGGCAGACAGCGGAGCUAGAUGACAAAAUACAAAUAAUGAAGAGGGAGAUUGAAGAGAUGGAACUGACUAAGGAUGAGUUGGAGGCCAAGAGACGAGAACUAGAACACACCACCAGAAAAUACGCCAGAAAACAAAAUGACCUGGACCAAUCAAAGAUUGGCCUCAGGCAAGCAAAGGAGGAUAUUGGCAAGGAAAUGCAGCGAAUUGCUCUAGAGAAGGUUGAAAUCAAUGACAUGAAAAGUAUUUUAAGGGAUCAAUUGGAAAGUGACAGACAUCAGCUUCAACAAAUGGCAAAGGAACUUCAUGAGAGGACUGAUAUAAUUGAUAUGAAGAACAGAAAAUUGAGGGAAGUUGAUGUUCUUCAAACACAGGCUGAAAUUUUACGGCAAGCUGAACAAGAUAUUGAAAAGGAAAGGAAAAUCUUAGAGACCGAGAAGGAUUUACUGGAGAAAACAAAAAGUGAUAUCAAGAAACAAACUGAAGACGUUUUCCUUAGAGAGGUGGCGAUUCUACAGAGAGAAGAAGGGUUUGAAAGGAUGAAUAAAGAAGGUAAAGGUGUUCUGGAAGAAACAUUGCAAGAAGCCGCUGUAGAGAUGGAACAGCUUUCCAAACAGAAGGAAGAAAUCAACACAAAAUUGGAAGACAUGAAGAAAGAAAUGGCUUCCCUUCAGCAGCUUAAGGAUGACCUCAAGGCAGAAAGGUAUGAAGCGGAGAGAAAGCUGGAAGAGACAAAGAAAGAGAUUGAAAAUCUUAACAAAAUACAGGAAGAAAUUCAAAGGCAGAAAGAGGAACUGGACAUAGAGAUUCUUCAAGCAAAGGCUACAAGAGAAGAGAUUGAGACACUAAAAUCUAAUUUAAAGAAACAAGAGGAAGAUACAGAAGUAAAGCUGAUGCAACUGCAACAAGAAACUGAUAACGUGGUUACAAUGAAGCAACACAUCCAAAGGCAGACAGAGGAGUUGGAUGACAAAAUACAAACAAUGAAGAGGGAGAUGGCAGAGAUGGAACUGACUAAAGCUGAGCUGGAGGCUAGGAGAAGGGAAGUGGAACACAUCACCAAAACACAGGCCAGGAAACAAACUGACAUGGAGCAAUUAAAGACUGCUUUCAGGCAGGCAAAAUUAGACAUUAACAAAGAAAUGAAAAUAAUUGCUCUUGAGAAGGUUGAAAUAAAUGAAAUGAAAUCAAGUUUCAGAGACCAACUAGAAAGUGACAGAAAUCAGCUUCAACAAAUCGAGAAGGAACUUCAAAACAGGAUAAAUCUCAUUGAUAUUGAGAACAGGAAAUUGAGGGAAGCUGAGAGUGCACUUGAAAAACAAACUCAAACUUUACAUCAAGGGAAAAAAGAUAUAGAAAAAGAAAGAUCUGCAAUGGCAGAACAGUUUGAGGAGCAGAAAAGAGUCUUUAAAACUGAGAGGGAUUUGUUGGAGAAAACCAAAGAAGAAAUAGAUAAACUGAAUCAAGAACUAUCCAUCAAGGAAGUGGAUAUUCAGCCAAGAGAAACAGCAUUUGAAAGGUUGAAAACAGAAGGUGAAGGUGUUCUGGAAGAAACAAUUAAAGAAGCCUCUACAGAGAUGGAACAGCUUGAAGAGACAAAGAAAGAGAUUGAAAAUCUAAACAAAAUACAGAGAGAAAUUCAAAGGCAGAAAGAAGAGCUGGAAAUGGAACGUCUUCAAGCAGAAGCUACAAGAGAAGAGAUUGAGACACUAAAAUCGAAUUUAAAGAAACAAGAGGAAGAUACAGAAGCAAAGUCGGCACAACUGAGACAAGAGACAGAUAACAUGGCAACAAUGAAGGAACAAAUCCAAAGGCAGACAGAGGAGUUGGAUGACAAAAUACAAGUAAUGAAGAGGGAGAUGGCAGAGAUGGAAUUGACUAAAGAUGAGCUCGAGGAAAAGAGAAAAGAACUGCAACACACUACCAGAAAACAUGCUAGAAAACUAAAUGACUUGGAGCAGUCAAAGUCUGAUCUCAGGCAGGCAAAUGAAGACAUUGACAAAGAAAUGCAAAGAAUCACUCUAGAGAAGGUUGAAAUAAACGAAAUGAAAAACAUGUUCAAAGAUCAAUUAGAAAAAGACGGAAAUCAGCUUCAACAAAUGAAAAGGGAACUGCAUGAUGUGAUUUACAGAGCCAAAGAAGACAUAGAAAAUGAAAGAACUGUAACAGCAGAACAAUUUGAAGAGCAGAAAAAGGUAUUGGAAACUGAGAAGGAUUUCUUGAUUAAAACCAAACAUGAGAUAGACAAACAAAAAAAGGAAAUGUCCAUUAGGGAGGUGGAGAUUCAGCAAAGAAAAGCAGAGUUUGAAAGGAUGAAAAGAGAAGAUGCUCUGGAUGAAACCUUAACAGAAGUCUCUAUUGAGAUGGCACAACUUUCCAAACAGAAGGAAGAAGUCAACACAAAAACGGAAGAAAUGAAGAAAGAAAUGGCUUCCCUUCGACAGCUUAUGGAUGAAGUCAAAUCAGAAAGAGGUAAAACUGACAACAAACUGGAGGAAACAAAGAAAGAGAUUCAACUCCUAAAGAUAUUACAAUCAGAAGUUGAAAGACAGAAGGCAGAACUUGACAUGGACAUUUUUCAAGCAAAGGCAGAGAGAGAAGAACUGGACAAACUUAAGUCUAACAUAAGGAAACAAGAGGACGACACAGAUGCAAAGUUGUCACUGCUGAGACAGGAGACAGAGAACAUGGCAACAAUGAUGACACACACCCAAUUACAGAAAGAAGAACUUGAUGAUAAAAUACAAAAACUGAAGAGGGAGAUGGCAGAGAUGGAACUGACUAAAGCAGAACUGGAGGGAAAGCGGAGGGAACUAGAACAUACCAUCAGAAGACAGGCCAGGAAGCUAAGUGACCUCAAGCAGGCAAAGGAAGAUAUUGAUAAAGAAAUGCAGAGAAUUUCCCUGGAGAAGGUUGAAAUAAAUGAAAUGAAAACAAUGUUAAGAGAUCAACUGGAAAGUGACAGAAGUCAGCUUCAACAAACGGAAAUGGAACUGAACAAGAGAAUAAAUCUCUUUGAUAUUGAGAACAGGAUAUUGAAGGAAGCUGAGAGUGCCCUUCAGAAACAAACCCAAACUUAUCAACAGGCCAAAGAAGACAUAGAACAUGAAAGAUCUACAAUGGCAGAAAUGUUUGAGGAACAGCGGAAGGCCUUGGAAACUGAGAGGGAGUUAUUGGAGAAAACCAAAGAUGAGAUAGAGAAGCGAAAUGAAGAAAUAUUGAUCAGGGAGGCUGAGAUUCAGCAAAGAGAAACAGAGUCUGACAUGACGAAAACAGAAGGUGAGUCAAAAGAAGAAGCCUCUGUAGAGAUGGAACAGCUUUCCAAACAGAGGAAAGAACUCAACACAGAAAUGGAAGACAUUAGUAAAGAACGUACCUCCCUUCAGCAGCUCAAGGAUGAAAUCAAAGCAGAAAGGGAUGAAACUGACAAAAGAAUGGGGGAGACAAAGAAAGAAAUUGAGAAUCUAAACAAAAUGCAGACAGAAAUUCAAAGGCAGAAAGAAGAGCUGGAAACAGAACUUCUUCAAGCAAAAGCUACAAAAGAAGAGAUUGAGACACUAAAAUCGAAUUUAAAGAAACAAGAGGAAGAUACAGAAGCAAAGCUGAUGCAGCUGAGAAAAGAGACAGAUAACAUGAAAACAAUGAAGGAAAACAUCCAAAGGCAGGUAGAGGAUUUGGAUGACAACGUGCAUAGAAUGAAGAGGGAGAUGGCUGAGAUAGAACUCCUUAAAGCUGAGCUGGAGGCCAAACGAAGAGAAUUACAACACACCAUCAGAAAAUGUGCCAGGAAGCAAAGUGACAUUGAAAAAUCAAAGACUGACCUCAAGAGGGCAAAAGAAGAAGUUGACAAAGAAAUACAGAGAAUUGCUCUUGAGAAGGCUAAAAUAAAUGAAAUAAACACCACUUUCAGAGACCAGUUAGAAAGUGAUAGGAGACAGCUUCAACAAUUGGAAAUGGAAAUUCACGAUAGAAUUAAUCUCAUUGAUAUGGAGAACAGGAAAUUGAGGGAGGCUCGGGGUGCACAUCAAAUACAAACCCAGACAUUGCAGCAAGCCAAAGAAGACAUAGAAAAUGAAAGGGCCAGAAUGGCAGAACAGUUUGAAGAACAGAGAAAAGUCUUGGAAAAUGAGAGGGAUUUGCUGGAUAGAACCAAACAUCAGAUAGACAAACGAACUGACGAACUGACCAUUAAAGAGUUGCAGAUUCAACAAAGAGAAGUAGAGUUUGAAAAGAUGAAAACAGAAGGUGAAAGUGUUCUGAAAGAAGCACCUGUAGAGAUGGAGCAGCUAUCCAAACAGAAGGAAGAGCAGAAUACACAAUUGGAAGACAUGAAGAAAGAAAUAGCUUCUAUUCAGAAGCUCAAGGAUGAACUCAAAGCAGAAAAGGAUGAAAUUGAAAGAAAACAGGAGGAGACAAAGAAAAUACAGACAGAAGUCAUGAGACAGAAAGCAGAACUUGACAUGGAUGUUCUUCAAUCAAAUGUUGAGAGAGAGGAACUGGAGAUACUUAAGUCUAAUAUCAGUAAACAAGAGGAAGACACAGAAAGAAAGCUGGCACUGCUGAGACAAGAGACGGAGAACAUGGCAACAAUGACAGAGCACAUCCAAAUCCAGAAAGAAGAACUUAAUGAUAAAGUACGAAAACUGAAGAGGGAGAUGAAAGAGGUGGAACUGACUAAAGCUGAACUGGAGGCAAAGCGAAGGGAACUGGAACACACCAUCAGAAAACAGGCCAGGAAGCGAAGUAACAAGGAGCAAUCAAAGACAGACCUAAGGCAGGCAAAGGAAGACAUUGACAAAGAACUGCAGAGAAUUGCCCUCGAAAAGGUUGAAAUAAAUAAAAUGAAAACAAUUUUCAGAGACCAACUGGAAAGAGACAGAAAUCAGCUUCAACAAAUGGAAAGGGAGAUGCAUGACCAGAUUAAUCGUGCCAAAGAAGACCUAGAAAAUGAAAGAGCUGCAAUGGUGGAACAGUUAAAGGACGAGAUAAAGACCUUGGAAACUGAGAGGGAUUUGCUGAAUAAAACUAAAUAUGAGAUAGACAAAAGAAAUGAAGAUUUGAGCCUUAGGGAGGUGCAGAUUCAACAAAGAGAAGUAGAGUUUGAAAAUAUCAAAAUAGAAGACAAAGGUGUUCUGAAAGAAGCACCUUUAGAGAUGGAGCAGCUAUUCAAACAGAAGGAAGAGUUGAAUACAAAAUUGGAAGACAUGAAGAAAGAAAUGGCUUCUCUUCAGCAGCUCAAGGAUGAACUCAAAGCAGAAAAGGAUGAAAUUGACAGAAAACUGGAGGAGACAAAUGAAAUACAGACAGAAGUCAAAAGACAGAAAGCAGAGCUUGACAUGGACAUUCUUCAAUCAAAACUUGAGAGAGAGGGACUGGAGACACUUAAGUCUAAUAUCAGUAAACAAGAGGAAGACACAGAAAGAAAGCUAGCAUUACUGAGAGAAGAGAUGGAUAACAUGGCAACAAUCACAGAGACAAUUCAAACACAGAAAGAUGACCUUGAUGAUAAAAUACAAAGACUGAAGAGGGAGAUGGAAGAGGUGGAACUGACUAAAGCUGAACUGGAGGUCAAGCGAAGAGAACUAAAAAACACCAUCAGAAAACACGCCAGGGCACGAAACAAUCUGGAACGAUCAAAGACUGACCUCAGGAAUGCAAAGGAUGAAAUUAACAAAGAAAUGCAAAUAAUUACUCUGGAGAAAGUUGAAAUAAAUGAAAUGAAAAACAUUUUCAGAGACCAACUAGAAAGAGACAAAAAUCAGCUACAACAAAUGGAAAGGGAACUGCAUGACAUGAUUAAACGGGCCAAAGAAGACAUAGAAAAUGAGAGAGCUGCAAUGGUGGAAAUGUUUGAGGAGCAGAGAGAGGUAUUAGAAACUGAGAGGGAUGUCUUGGAUAAAACCAAAGAUGAGUUAGACAAACAAAAUAAGGAAAUGUCUCUUAGGGAGUUGGAGAUUCAGCAAAGAGAAUCAGAAUGUGAAAGGAUGAAAAGAGAUCUGUUGGAAGAAACCUUGAAAGAAGUCUCUGUUGAGAUGGAGCAGCUUUCCGAACAGAGAGAAGAACUGAAUACAAAAAUGGAAGACAUAAAUAAAGAAAUGGCUUCCAUUCAACAACUUAAGAAUGAACUCAAAGCAGAAAGGGGUGAAAUUGACAACAGACUGGAGGAAACAAAGAAAGAGAAUGAAUAUCUAAAGGCAAUUCAAGUAGAGGUCAACAGACAGAAAGCCGAACUUGACAUUGAAGUUCUUGAAGCAAACGUAAAGGGAGAAGAACUGGAGACACUUACAUCUAAAAUGAGGAAACAAGAGGAAGAUACGGAAGCAAAGCUGGCACUGCUGAGACAAGAGAUUGAGAACAUGGCAACAAUUACAGAGACAAUCCAAACACAGAAAGAUGACCUUGAUGAUCAAAUACAAAGACUGAAGAGGGAGAUGGAAGAGGUGGAGCUGACUAAAGCUGAACUGGAGGUCAAGCGAAGAGAACUAAAAAACACCAUCAGAAAACAUGCCAGGGCACGAAAUAAUCUGGAACGAUCAAAGACUGACCUCAGGAAUGCAAAGGAUGAAAUUAACAAAGAAAUGCAAAUAAUUGCUCUGGAGAAAGUUGAAAUAAAUGAAAUGAAAAACAUUUUCAGAGACCAACAAGAAAGAGACAAAAAUCAGCUUCAACAUAUGGAAAGGGAACUGCAUGACUGGAUUAAACAGGCCAAAGAAGACAUAGAAAACGAGAGAGCUGCAAUGGUUGAAAUGUUUGAGGAGCAGAGAAAGGUCUUGGAAACUGAGAGGGGUGUCUUGGAUAAAAUCAAAGAUGCGUUAGACAAGGAAACGUCUCUUAGGGAGUUGGAGAUUCAGCAAAGAGAAUCAGAAUGUGAAAGGAUGAAAAGAGAUCUGUUGGAAGAAACCUUGAAAGAAGUCUCUGUUGAGAUGGAGCAGCUUUCCGAACAGAGAGAAGAACUAAAUACAAAAAUGGAAGACAUAAAUAAAGAAAUGGCUUCCAUUCAACAACUUAAGGAUGAACUCAAAGCAGAAAGCGGUGAAAUUGACAACAGACUGGAGGAAACAAAGAAAGAGAAUGAAUAUCUAAAGGCAAUUCAAGCAGAGGUCAACAGACAGAAAGCAGAACUUGACAUUGAAGUUCUUGAAGCAAAUGUUAAGGGAGAAGAACUGGAAACACUUACAUCUAAAAUGAGGAAACAAGAGGAAGAUACAGAAGCAAAGCUGGCACUACUGAGACAAGAGAUGGAGAACAUGGCAACAAUUACAGAGACAAUCCAAACACAGAAAGAUGACCUUGAUGAUAAAAUACAAAGACUGAAGAGGGAGAUGGAAGAGGUGGAGCUGACUAAAGCUGAACUGGAGGCCAAGCGAAGAGAACUAAAAAAUACCAUCAGAAAACAUGCCAGGGCACGAAAUAAUUUGGAAAAAUCCAAGACUGACCUCAGGAAUGCAAAGGAUGAAAUUAACAAAGAAAUGCAAAUAAUUGCUCAGGAGAAAGUUGUAAUAAAUGAAAUGAAAAACAUUUUCAGAGACCAAAUGGAAAAAGAUAGAAAUCAGCUUCAACAAAUGGAAAGGGAACUGCAUGACAUGAUUAAUCGAGCCAAAGAAGACCUAGAAAAUGAGAGAGAUGCAAUGGCAGAACAGUUUGAAGAGCAGAGAAAGGUCUUGGAAAUUGAGAGGGAUUUCUUGGAUAAAACCAAAGAUGAGAUAGACAGACAAAGUAAGGAAAUAUCCAUUAGGAAGGUGGAUAUUAAGCAGGGACCAACAGAAGAUGCUCUGGAAGAAACCUUAAAAGAAGUCUCUAUUGAGAUGGAACAGCUUUCCAAACAGAAGGAAGAACUGAAUACAAAAGUGGAAGACAUGUUGAAAGAAAUGGCUUCCCUUCAGCAUCUCAACGAUGAACUCAGAGCGGAAAGGGAUAGCAAACUGGAAGAGGCAAAGAUAAUACAGGCAGAAGUUCAAAGGCAAAAAGCAGAACUUGACAUGGAAACUCUUAAUGUAAAAACCAAAAGAGAAGAACUAGAUAAUCUUACGUCUACCAUAAGUAAAAAGAAGGAGGACGCAGAGGCACAGCUAACUGUAGUGAUACAAGAGACGGAGAACAUGGCAAAAAUAAAAGAACAAACCCAAAGGCAGACAGAGAAGCUGGAUGAUAAAAUACAAAGUCUGAAGAGGGAGAUGCAAGAGUUGGAACUGACUAAAGCUGAGCUGGAGACCAAGCGAAGAGAACUACAACAUUCCAACAGAAAAUAUGCCAGGAAACAAAAUGAACUGGAUCAAUCUAGGAUUGGUUUCUGGCAGGCAAAAGAGGACAUUGACAAAGAAAUGCAGAGAAUUGCUCUGGAGAAGGUUGAAAUAGAAGAAAUGAAAACCAUUUUCAGAGACCAAUUAGAGAGUGACAGAAAUCAGCUCCAACAAAUACAAAGGGAUUUGCAUGACAUGAUUAAUCGAGCCAAACAAGACAUAGAAAAUGAAAGAGCUGCAUCAGCAGAACAAUUUGAAGAGCAGAAAAAGAGCUUGGAAACUGAGAAGGAUUUCUUGGAUAAAAUGAAACAUGAGAUAGACAAACAAAAUAAGGAAAUGUCAAUUAGGGAGGUGGAGAUCCAGCAAAGAGAAGCAGAGUUUGGAAGGAUGAAAACAGAAGGUGCUCUGGAGGAAACCUUACAAGAUGUCUCUGUUGAAAUGAAACAGCUGUCCAAACGGAAGGAAGAGCUCAACACAAAAACUGAAGACAUAAAGAAAGAAAUGGCUACCCUUCAGCAGCUUAAGGAUGAAGUCAAAAUAGAAAGAGAUGAAACUGACAACAAACUAGAGGAAACAAAGAAAGAGGUUCAACAUCUUGAGGUAAUACAAGCAGAGGUCAACAGACAGAAAGCAGAACUUGAUAUGGAAGUUCUUCAAACAAAGGCAGAGAGAGAAGAACUGGAGAUACUUAAAUCUAACAUAAGGAAACAAGAGGAUGACACAGAAGCAAAGCUGGCACUACUGAGACAAGAGACGGAGAACAUGGGAACAAUGUCAGAACAUAUCCAAACACAGAAACUAGAACUUGAUUAUAAAAUACAAAAACUGAAGAGGGAGAUGGCAGAGAUGGAACUGACUAAAGCUGAGCUGGAGGCAAAGCGGAGAGAACUAGAACACACCAUCAGAAAACAGGCCAGGAAGCUAAGUGACCUCAAGCAGGCAAAAGAAGAUGUUGAUAAAGAAAUGCAGAUAAUUUCCCUGGAUAAGGUUGAAAUAAAUGAAAUGAAACUUAUCUUCAGGGAACAGCUUGAAAGAGAUAGGGAUCAGCUUCAACAAAUAGAAAGGGAACUUUGUCAGGGGAUUUAUGUUAUUGAUACUGAGAACAGGAAAUUGAGGGAAGCUGAGAGUGCACUUCAAAUAGAAACCCAAACUUUACAGCGAGCCAAACAAGAUCUUGAAAGACAGCGACAUAAAAUCGAUGCAGAUUUUAAGGAACAGAAGGAAUUCAUUGAAAAAGAAAAGGAUUUACUUGAAAAUUUCAAAAAAGAGAUGCUGGCAGAAAGUGAAGAAAUAAAAAUGAGUAAAGCUGAGACACUUAAGAGUGUAGCUGAGUUGGAAAAUAUGAAAGGAAAGCGGGCCUCUGUGGAAAAAACGAGCUCAGAAGACACUGAACAACUUGGAAAAGCAAAGGAAGAACUGGAUGCAAAAAUGCAAGAAAUAUGCGAUGAAACACACAUCCUUCAGCUGCUCAAGGAUGAUAUCAGAUCAGAGAGGGAGGAAGUUGAUAAUAAGAUUGAGAUGAUGAAGAGGGAAUAUGAGGAUUUGGAUAGAUUGAAGGCUAACAUCCACAAACAGAAAUCAGAUCUUGAAACGACAAUGUAUGCACAGAAAGAAGAAUUAGAGACUCUCCGAUCUUGCAUAUCUGAACAGAGGGAGAACAUUGAAUCAAAGCAAAUGAAGCUGAAGAAAGAUGAGGAAGAAAUUGAAAAAAUGAGGGAUGAUGUUAAGAAGCAAGAAGAAGAGAUGAUUAACAGGAUGCAAACGAUGAAGAAGGAGAUGGAAGAGAUCGAACUGACUAAAGCUGAGCUGGAGGCCAAGAGAAGGGAAGUGGAACACACAAUCAGCAGACAAAACAGGAAACUUGGUGAGAUGGAAGAAUCAAAGAGAGCCAUUCAGCAGGCCAAAGAAAAAGUGGAUAAAGAGAUGAAGAAUGUAGCUCUUGAAAAAUCCAGGCUGAACGGAAUGAGAGAAACUUACCAAAAGCAGCUAGACAGUGACAAAGAGCAGCUGCAAAAAAUGCACCAGGAGCUUACUCAGGGAGCUAGAUUAAUUGAAAUUGAGGGGGAAAAAAUGAUAGAAGUAGAAAACAAACUUCAAAUUAAAACAGAAACCCUGAAGAAUGCCACAGAAGAUUUAGAAAAGCAAAGGGAUAAAAUAGCAGAACAGUUUCAAGAACAGAGACACGGGAUUGAAAAGGAAAAGCAAAUGCUGGCCAUAACUAGAGAAGAGUUGAAUAAAGAGAGUAAUGAGAUUAAUGUGAAGAAGUUGGAGAUAGAGAAAAUGAAGUCAGAGUUAGAAAAGAUGAAAACAGAAAUUCAAGAUGUAACUGAAGGGAAAUUUGUGGAGGCCUCCAUUGAGAGUGAAACACUAGCAAAAAUAAAAGAAGAGAUAAACACAAAAAUGGAUGAAUUGAGGAAAGAAACAGACAAAAUUCACCACGUCAAAGAUAAUCUCAAAGCAGAGCAGGAAGAAAUUGCCAGUAAAAUGAAAAGGGUAAAAACUGACACAGAGUAUCUAGAGACACUGAAAACAGAUAUCCAAAGACAAAAACAAGAGCUUGAAGAACAAGCAAGCAAAACACACAUGGAAAAAGAAGAACUGGAAAGGUUAAGAUCUGAACUAUGUCAACAAAAAGAGGAUACAGAGGGAAGGCAUAUUAUGCUGAAACAAGAGGUGGAAGAAAUGACAACAAUGAGAAAGCACGUUGAAAAACAGAAAGAAGAACUUGAUGACAAAAUCCAAAAGAUGAAGAGGGAGAUGGCAGAGAUGGAACUGACUAAAGCUGAGCUGGAGGCCAAGAGAAGGGAAAUGGAACACACCAUCAGAAAACAAAACAGGAAACUUAGUGAGAUGGAAGAAUCAAAGAGGGCUAUCCAAGAGGCUAAAGAUGAUAUUAACAGACUUGUGCAGAAAAUUGAAAUUGAGAAGAAGGAACUGAUGGAAAUGAAAUCUGCUUACCAUGAACGAAUACAGAAAGACAAAAAACAACUUGAAAGAACAGAAAAAGAACUCAUUGACAGAAUUAAUUUCAUUGCAACUGAGGGUAACAUACUGAGAGAAGCUGAAGUUGCACUUCAACUACAAAGACAAGUUCUGAAAAAAGCUGGAGAAGAUUUGGAGAAAGAACGAGAUAAAAUGGUUGGAGACCAUCAAGAAGAAAGACAAAUUAUUGCAAUGGAAAGGGAAUUACUGGAAAAAAACAAAGAAGAGAUGCAGAAGCGAAGUGAAGAAUUAGAAAUGAAAAAGGUGGAGAUUAACCAACUACAGGUAGAGUUAGAAGUGAUGAAAACAGAAUUACAGAGAGAAGCAGAGAGGAGUGUUAAGGAAUCCUCUUCUGAGAAUGAAAAACUAACCAGAGAAAAAGAAGAACUUGUCUCAACAAUGGAAAUUGUAAAGAAAGAAAAGGAUGAACUGCAGGUCAUCAAAGAGGGCCUGAAAGACGACAAAUAUGAAAUUGAUAGUAAAUUGGAACAAAUACAAUUUGAGAUGGGCAAGCUAGAUAGAUUGAAAUCAGACAUUCAGGGAGAUCAGGAAGAGCUUGCAAAAGCAAAACGUGUGACAUGUGAUGAAAGGGACAAACUUGAGAAGCUAAAAUCUGACAUAAGUCAAGCAAAAGGUGAUGCUGAGGCAAAGCAAGCGAUGCUAAAACAAAAGGCUGAGGAAAUGCAAACAAUAAAGGAAGACAUCCACAUCCGAAACGAGGAGCUGGAUGACAAAAUCCAAAAGAUGAAGAGGGAGAUUGCAGAGAUGGAACUGACUAAAGCUGAAAUGGAGGCCAAGAGAAGGGAACUGGAAUACACCAUCAGAAGACAAAACAGGACACUUAGUGAGAUGGAAGAAUCAAAGAGAGCUAUGCAACAGACGAAAAAGGAGAUGGAUGCGAUUAUGCAGGAAAUUUGGGCUGAAAAGCAAAAGUUGAAUGAAAUGAAAAUGAUUUAUCAUGAUCAAGUAGAGAACGAUAGAAAUGUGCUUCAAAGACUUGAACAAGAACUUCACCAGAGAAUCGCCUUCAUUGAAACAGAGCGCAAUCAGCUCAGAGAAGCCAAAAUUACACAUCAAAUGCAAACAGAACAACUUGAAAAACUAAGAGAAGAUGUUGGCAAUGAAAGGGGCAAACUGGUGAACCAGUUUGAGGAACAAAGACAUAUCCUUGAAAUGGAGAGGCAAACACUGGACAAACUCAAAGAAGAGUUACAAAAAGACAGGGAAGAAAUACAUCAGAAACAGGUUGACAUGGAGAAAAUGUAUGCAGAAUUAGAAAUAAGGAAAACGGAAAUACAAGGUCUUGCAGAAGGCAGAAAAGAGGAGGUCUUUAAUGAGAAUGAAAAACUUGCAAAAGCAAAAGAGGACAUCAACAUAAAAUUGGAGGACCUGAGAAAAGAAAUGGUCAAACUUCAGGAAAUCAAAGAUAACCUCGCAGCAGAGAGGGAAGAAAUUGACAAUAAAAUGGAAAAGCUAAAAACUGAAAUGGCAUCUUUGGAAAUGCUGAGAACAGACAUCCAAGAACUGAAAGAAGAACUUGAAAAACAAGUAAUAAAAACACAAAGAGACAAAGAAGACGCGGAGAGGUUGAAGUCUGAACUAAGCCAACAAAAAGAGGACAUGGAGGCAAAGCGUAUGAUGCUGAAGCAAGAGAUGGAAGAAAUGGCAAGCGUGAGAGCAGACAUCCAAAACCAGAAAGAAGAACUUGAUUACAAAAUCCAAAAGAUGAAGAGGGAGAUGGCAGAGAUGGAACUGACUAAAGCUGAGAUGGAGGCCAAGAGAAGAGAAGUGGAAUACACCAUCAGAAGACAAAACAGGAAACUUAGUGAGAUGGAAGAAUCAAAGAGAUCCAUCCAACAGGCAAAGAAGGAGCUGGAAGUUGUUUUGCAGGGAAUUGCUGCCGAGAAGCAAAAUUUGAAUGAAAUGAAAGCCACUUACCAUGAUCAGGUAGAGAGUGACAGAAAUGCUCUUCAAACACUUGAACAAAAACUUCAGGAAAGAGUCAGCUUCCUUGAAAUGGAAGACAACAAGCACAGAGAAACACAAGUUACAUGUCAAUUGCAAAUAGAACAUCUUGAGAAACUCAAAGAAGAUGUAGACAAUGAAAGAGUCAAACUAGUGAAUCAGUUUGAGGAACAAAGAAACAUCCUUGACAUGGAAAAGCAAACACUGGAGAAACUCAAAGAAGAGCUACAAGAGAUGGAGUCAUUGGCAAGCGUGAGAGCAGACAUCCAAAACCAGAAAGGAGAACUUGAUGACAAAAUCCAAAAGAUGAAGAGGGAGAUGGCAGAGAUGGAACUGACUAAAGCUGAAAUGGAGGCCAAGAGAAGGGAACUGGAAUACACCAUCAGAAGACAAAACAGGAAACUUAGUGAGAUGGAAGAAUCAAAGAGAUCCAUCCAGCAGGCGAAGAAGGAGCUGGAAGUUGUUUUGCAGGGAAUUGCUGCUGAGAAGCAACAUUUGAAUGAAAUGAAAGCAACUUACCAUGACCAGGUAGAGAGUGACAAAAAUGCUCUUCAAUUGCUUGAACAAAAACUUCAGGAGAAAAUCAGCUGCCUUGAAAUGGAAGACAGCAAGCUCAGAGAUGCCAAUGUCACACAUCAUAUAGAAAAAGAACAUCUUGAGAAAUUCAGAGAAGAUAUAGAGAUUGAAAGAGGCAAACAGGUGAACCAGCUUGAGGAACAAAGAAACAUCCUUGAAAUGGAGAAGAAAACAUUGGAGGAACUCAAAGAAGAGCUACAAAAAGACAGGGAAGAAAUACAACAGAGACAGGUUGACAUUGAGAAAAUGCAUGCAGAGUUAGAAAUAAGGAAAGCUGAAAUAGAAGGUCUUGCAGAACGCAGAAGUGAGGAAGCCUCUAUUGAAAAUGGAAAACUUGCAAAAGCAAAAGAGGACGUCAACACAAAAUUGGAUGACCUGAGAAAAGAAAUGGUUAAACUUCAGGAAAUCAAAGACAGCCUCACCGCAGAGAGGGAAGAAAUUGACAAUAAAACUGAAAAGCUAAAAACUGAAAUGGCAUCUUUGGAAAUGCUGAGAACAGACAUCCAAGACCUGAAAGAAGAACUUGAAAGACAAGUAAUAAAAACACAAAGAGACAAAGAAGAUGCGGAGAGGUUGAAGUCUGAACUAAGCCAACAAAAAGAGGACAUAAAGGCAAAGCGUAUGAUGCUGAAGCAAGAGAUGGAGUCAUUGGCAAGCAUGAGAGCAGACAUCCAAAACCAGAAAGAAGAACUUGAUGACAAAAUCCAAAAGAUGAAGAGGGAGAUGGCAGAGAUGGAACUGACUAAAGCUGAGAUGGAGGCCAAGAGAAGAGAAGUGGAAUACACCAUCAGAAGACAAAACAGGAAACUUAGUGAGAUGGAAGAAUCAAAGAGAUCCAUCCAGCAGGCGAAGAAGGAGCUGGAAGUUGUCUUGCAGGGAAUUGCUGCCGAGAAGCAAAAUUUGAAUGAAAUGAAAGCCACUUACCAUGAUCAGGUAGAGAGUGACAGAAAUGCUCUUCAAACACUUGAACAAAAACUUCAGGAAAGAGUCAGCUUCCUUGAAAUGGAAGACAACAAGCACAGAGAAACACAAGUUACAUGUCAAUUGCAAAUAGAACAUCUUGAGAAACUCAAAGAAGAUGUAGACAAUGAAAGAGUCAAACUAGUGAAUCAGUUUGAGGAACAAAGAAACAUCCUUGAAAUGGAAAAGCAAACAUUGGAGAAACUCAAAGAAGAGCUACAAAAAGACAGGGAAGACAUACAACAGAGACAGGUUGACAUUGAGAAAAUGCAUGCAGAGUUAGAAAUAAGGAAAGCUGAAAUACAAGGUCUUGCAGAAGGCAGAAUUGAGGAAGCCUCUAUUGAAAAUGAAAAACUUGCAAAAGCAAAAGAGGACGUCAACACACAAUUGGAUGACCUGAGAAAAGAAAUGGUUAAACUUCAGGAAAUCAAAGACAGCCUCACCGCAGAGAGGGAAGAAAUUGACAAUAAAACGGAAAAGCUACAAACUGAAAUGGCAUCUUUGGAAAAGCUGAAAACAGACAUCCACAAACAGAAAGAAGAACUUGAAAAACAAGUGAUUAAAACACAAAAAGAAAAAGAAGUCAUGGAAAGAGUAAAGUCUGAACUAAGCCAACAAAAAGAGGACACAGAGGCAAAGCUCAUGAUUCUGAAGCAAGAGAUGGAGUCAUUGGCAAGCAUGAGAGCAGACAUCCAAAACCAGAAAGGAGAACUUGAUGACAAAUUCCAAAAGAUGAAGAGGGAGAUGGCAGAGAUGGAACUGACUAAAGCUGAAAUGGAGGCCAAGAGAAGGGAACUGGAAUACACCAUCAGAAGACAAAACAGGAAACUUAGUGAGAUGGAUGAAUCAAAGCGAUCUAUCCAGCAGGCGAAGAAGGAGCUGGAAGUUGUUUUGCAGGGAAUUGUUGCUGAGAAGCAAAAUUUGAAUGAAAUGAAAGCAAAUUACCAUGAUCAGGUAGAGAGUGACAUAAAUGCUCUUCAAACACUUGCACAAAAACUUCAGGAGAGAGUCAGCUUCCUUGAAAUGGAAGACAACAAGCUCAGAGAAGCCAAUGUCACACAUCAAAUGGAAAAAGAACAUCUUGAGAAAUACAAAGAAGAUAUAGACAAUGAAAGAGUCAAACUAGUGCAUCAGUUUGAGGAACGAAGAAACAUCCUUGAAAUGGAAAAGCAAACACUGGAUAAACUCAAAGAAGAGCUACAAAAAGACAGGGAAGAAAUACAACAGAGACAGGUUGACCUUGAGAAAAUGCAUGCAGAGUUAGAAAUAAGGGAAGCUGAAAUACAAGGUCUUGCAGAAGGCAGAAGUGAGGAAGCCUCUAUUGAAAAUGAAAAACUUGCAAAAACAAAAGAGGACAUCAACACAAAAUUGGAUGACUUGGGAAAAGAAACGGUCAAACUUCAGGAAAUCAAAGAUAGCCUCACCACAGAGAGGGAAGAAAUUGAAAAUAAAAUGGAAAAGAUACAAACUGAAAUGGCAUCUUUGGAAAUGCUGAGAACAGACAUCCACGAACAGAGAGAAGAUCUUGAAAAACAAGUAAUUAAAACACAAAAAGAAAAAGAAGUCAUGGAAACGUUAAAGUCUGAACUAAGCCAACAAAAAGAGGACAUCGAGGCAAAGCUUAUGAUGCUGAAGCAAGAGAUGGAAGAAAUGGCAAGCGUGAGAGCAGACAUCCAAAACCAGAAAGAAGAACUUGAUGACAAAAUCCAAAAGAUGAAGAGGGAGAUGGCAGAGAUGGAGCUGACUAAAGCUGAGAUGGAGGCCAAGAGAAGAGAAGUGGAAUACACCAUCCGAAGACAAAACAGGAAAUUUAGUGAGAUGGAAGAAUCAAGAAAAGCUAUCCAGCAGGCGAAGAAGGAGCUGGAAGUUGUUUUGCAGGGAAUUGUUGCUGAGAAGCAACAUUUGAAUGAAAUGAAAGCAACUUACCAUGAUCAGGUACAGAGUGACAGAAAUGCUCUUCAAACGCUUGAACAAAAACUUCAGGAGAGAGUCAGCUUCCUUCAAAUGGAAGAAGGCAAGCUCCGAGAUGCCAGAGUCACACAUCAAAUGGAAAAAGAACAUCUUGAGAAACUCCGAGAAGAUGUAGACAUUGAAAGAGGCAAAGUGGUGAACCAGUUUGAGGAACAAAGACACAUCCUUCAAAUGGAGAAGAAAACAUUGGAGGAACUCAAAGAAGAGCUACAAGAGAUGGAGUCAUUGGCAAGCGUGAGAGCAGACAUCCAAAACCAGAAAGGAGAACUUGAUGACAAAAUCCAAAAGAUGAAGAGGGAGAUGGCAGAGAUGGAACUGACUAAAGCUGAGAUGGAGGCCAAGAGAAGAGAAGUGGAAUACACCAUCAGAAGACAAAACAGGAAACUUAGUGAGAUGGAAGAAUCAAAGAGAUCCAUCCAACAGGCAAAGAAGGAGCUGGAAGUUGUUUUGCAGGGAAUUGCUGCCGAGAAGCAAAAUUUGAAUGAAAUGAAAGCCACUUACCAUGAUCAGGUAGAGAGUGACAGAAAUGCUCUUCAAACACUUGAACAAAAACUUCAGGAAAGAGUCAGCUUCCUUGAAAUGGAAGACAACAAGCACAGAGAAACACAAGUUACAUGUCAAUUGCAAAUAGAACAUCUUGAGAAACUCAAAGAAGAUGUAGACAAUGAAAGAGUCAAACUAGUGAAUCAGUUUGAGGAACAAAGAAACAUCCUUGACAUGGAAAAGCAAACACUGGAGAAACUCAAAGAAGAGCUACAAGAGAUGGAGUCAUUGGCAAGCGUGAGAGCAGACAUCCAAAACCAGAAAGGAGAACUUGAUGACAAAAUCCAAAAGAUGAAGAGGGAGAUGGCAGAGAUGGAACUGACUAAAGCUGAAAUGGAGGCCAAGAGAAGGGAACUGGAAUACACCAUCAGAAGACAAAACAGGAAACUUAGUGAGAUGGAAGAAUCAAAGCGAUCCAUCCAGCAGGCGAAGAAGGAGCUGGAAGUUGUUUUGCAGGGAAUUGCUGCUGAGAAGCAACAUUUGAAUGAAAUGAAAGCAACUUACCAUAAUCAUAUGGAGAUUGACAGAGCUGCACUUCAAACACUUGAACAAGAACUUCAUGAGAGAAUCGGUGUCAUUGAAAUGGAAGGCAACAAACUCAGAGAGGCUAAACUUACACAUCAAAGGCAAACAGAACAUCUUGAGAAACUCAGAGAAGAUGUUGAAAAGGAAAGAGGCAAACUGGUGAAUCAGUUUGAAGAACAAAGAAAAAUCCUUGAAAUUGAGAGACAGAUAGUGGAUACACUGAAAGAAGAGAUGCAGAAGGUAAGAGAAGAAAUACCUGAGAGUCGGGUAGACAUUGAGAAAAUGCAGGCAGAUUUUGAAGUAAGAAAAACAGAAAUACCUAUUGAAGAGGGUGAAAUCAAAGAGGCCUCUACUGACAUUGAGAAACUUAAGGAAGCAAAAGAAGAGAUCAGAACAAAAAUGAAUGAAGUGAGGAGAGAAAUGGACACACUUCAGCAAAUCAAAAAAGAUCUUAAAGCAGAGAGGGAUGAAAAUGACAACAAAAUGGAAGCAAUAAAAACCGAGAUGGAGAACUUGGCGAGAUUGAAAUCAGACAUUGAAAGACAGAAAGAACUGCUGAACACAACAAAAAAUGAAUCACAUACCGAAAAAGAGGAACUCGAGAUGAUAAAAUCCGAAAUAUUCAAACAACAGCAGGAGGCUGAAUUGAAGAGACGCAUAGUGAAGGAAGAGAUGGAGAAAUUAGAAACCAUAAAGGAAGACAAUCUGAGAGAAAAAGAAGAACUUGGUGACAAAAUCCAAAAAAUGAAGAGGGAGAUGGCAGAGAUGGAACUGACUAAAGAUGAAAUUGAGGCCAAGAGAAGGGAAGUGGAAUACACCAUCAGAAGACAAAACAGGAAACUUACUGAGAUGGAACAAUUCAAAAGGAAAAUCAGGCAGGCUAAGAAGGAGAUUGGCAAGGUUAUGGAUAUAAUUACUAUUGAGAAGAAAGAACUAAAUGAAAUGAAAUCUAAUUAUCUGGAUCAGUUACAGAAUGACAGAAGUCAGCUUCAAACCAUGAAAGACAAUGUUAUUCAGCAAAUUGGCUUUAUUGAAAUUAAGGACAACAAACUGAGGGAAGCUGAAAAUAAACUUGAAAUCCAAUGCCAAGCUCUCAUAAAGGCUAAAGAAGACUUUGAAAGAGAAAGAGGUACAGAGCAGAUUCAGGACCAGUUGAGCAUCCUUCAAACAGAGAGGGAAAUACUUGAGAAAACCAAAAAGAAAAUACAAAAACAAAGUGAAGAAGUUAGUAUUCAAAAGGUAAUAACUGAGAAAAUUGAAGUAGGGAUUGAAAAGACAACAUCUAAGGGUGAUGGUGCUGAAACCUCUAUUGAGCCUGAACAACUUGCAAAAUCAAAGGAUGAACUAGACAUGAAAAUGGAAGACAUACAACGUGAAAUGCAAGCUCUUCAGAGUGAGAAAGACUCCUUACACAACUUUAAGGCAGACCUAGAGAUGCAGAAGAAAGAGUUUGAAACAGAAAGACAAAAUGUGGAAUUGGAAAAACAAAAACUACAGCACUACAAGACAGAGCUGUUGAAACAAUCAGAUGAGAUCGAGAAUGUGAAGCAAACUGUGAUGGAGGAGCAGAGGCAGCUUGAAAGUAAGAUUGCUGAGUUAAACUGGCGACAGGUCCAAGUGGACGACAUGAUGAAGAACAGCAAAUUGGAAUUUGAAAGUUUGGACAAACUAAGGACUGAAUUGGAAAUGCAAACACAAAUGUUGGAAAGCACAAUGGAAAAUGUGAAACAGGAUUGUGAACAGCUAGAAGAUGAUAAAACGACAAUGGAAAAACAAAACCAAGAUAUGGAAAACCGUAAUAAACUGAUGAUACAAGAAAGGGAGGAUAUGGCCAUAACGCGGAUGUAUUUGGAAGAGCAGAAGAAAGAGAUUGAGUUGCAACAGCAAAAUCUUCAGAAAGACUCACAGUUGUUAAAAACUGAUAUUCAACAGCAAAAACAAGAAAUUGCUCAAAACUGGCAGCUUCUUCAUGUUCAAAAGGAUGAACUGGAGAGAAUGAGGGAAGACUUACAAAGAGAAUGGGACAAACUUAAACGACAGACAGCAAAAGUAGAUGUCAUCAUUCAAGAGAAUUUAGGCGCUGAACGACAGGAACUAAAUCAAUUGAAAACCACUCUGCACAAGGAAAGACAGGAAAUCGAAGACCACAAAAACACAUUGUCAAGAGAAAGGUGUGAGCUGGAAAGAAUGAAAGAUCAUUUUCACUCGGAAAGAGAAGAGUUGGAAAAAAGCAGGGAAAGGGUUGAAAUGGAAAAAUCUGAAGUUAUAAUGAGGGAGUUUGAACUAGGGGAAAGAACGAAAUAUGUUGAGCAUUCAAUGCAGGAGAUGAUGGCAGAAAAACUGAAAUUAAAGGGAAAAGAGGAAUACCUAAAUAACCAUAAAGAGCAGCUAGAGGCACUGCAAUCAGAGGUCCACAUACAGAGGGAGAACUCGGAAAAACAGUAUGUUGACUUGACAAAAUGGAAAGCUCAGCUAGAUCAAAAGCAGAAAGAGCUUGACUUGAUGAUGGAUAUACAGAGAGAAGCGAAGUCUACUCUCGAACAACUGAGAUCAGACAUUGAAGAAGAGAAAAUGGGAAUUGAGAGGACCAUUGAAGAGAGAUUAAGCUCAGAGAAAGAAGACCUUCAGAACAUGAAAAACAGACUGGACCUUGAGAGAAAGGAAAUUGAAAGCAACAGAAAGUCCUUCAUGAAAGACAAAGAUGAUCUUAAGGUACAAUUGGAACACCUAGAUGUACAUAAAAAAGCCAUUCAAGAACAAGUCGAUGCUCUUGAAAAAGAAAGAGAUAAACUCCAGAGCUUACAGGAUGAAAGCAUGAAACAGAGAGAGGACAAUACCAAAAUGAAAGAAGAAUUACAGGAACAACAACAUGCUCUGAAAAGGCUUCAUGAGGAUAUGGAGUCCAAACAACAAUUCUUCAAGGACUGGGAAGAACACCUGAAUAGCAGGAAGGAACAACUCAAUGCAAUGCACUCAGAUUUAGAAUCACAGAUUAACACCAUGGAAGACAAAAUGAAAACCAUUGAACAGAAGCAGACAGAAAUCACAGAAAAAGAAAACCAAAUAGAUCAACAACAGGAAUACCUAAAAAAUAUGACUAAUGUACUCCGAGAGGAAAAAUCAGCUGUUGAGCAACUCAGAUCAGAAAUUGAAGUAAAACGAAUGAAAAUGGAGAGCACCAUUAAGGAGACAUUGAACUCUGAGAGAGAAGAACUUGAGAAGAUGAAAAACAGACUGGAAGAGGACAGAGAAGAAACAGAAAACAACAGAAGUGCCUUGAUGAAAGACAAAGAUGAUCUCAAAGGACAGCUGGAAGAUCUGGACUUGUGCAAGAAAGCUAUUCAAGAUGAAAAAGACGACAUCCAAAUGAGGUUAUCUGAGGUGGAACAGAAGACAAAUAACAUAGAAAACAUGAUGGAUGAGAUGGCAAAGGAGAAAGAGAGAAUGAAAGAACAAGGAGAUGGUCUUCAGAAAGAAAGAGAUCAACUCCAGAGCUUCCAGGAUGAAAGCAUGAAACAGAGAGAGGAAAAUACCAAGAUGAAAGAAGAACUACAAGAACAACAAAAUGCUCUGAAAAGGCUUCAGGAGGGGAUUGAGUCCAAACAACAAGCCUUCAAGGACCAGGAGGAAGACCUGAACACCAGAAAGGAACAACUCAAUGCACUACAAUCAGAAAUAGAAACACAGAGCAACGCCAUGGAAGACAAAAUGAAACUCAUUGCACAGCAAGAGAGCGAAUUGACAGAAAGACAAACUCAAAUAGAUAAGCAAAAGAAAGAACUACAAAGCAUGAUGGAGUUACACAGAGAAGAAACAUCGGUUCUUGAGCAACUCCGAUCAGAAAUUGAAGAUGAGAGGAAAGGAAUUGAGAGUACCAUUAUUGAGAGACUAAAUUCUGAGAGAGAGGAACUUAUAAAGAUGAAAAACAGACUGGACGAAGACAGAGAAGAAAUAGAGAAAGACAGAAGUGCCUUGAUGACAGACAAAGAUGAUCUCAAGACACAGUUGGAAGAUCUGGACUCGUGCAAGAAAGCUAUUCAAGAUGAAAAAGAUGAAAUUCAAUUGAAGGCAUCUGAGGUGGAACAGAAGAAAAAUAACAUAGAAAAUAUGAUGGAUGAGAUGGCAAAGGAGAAAGAGAGAAUGAAAGAACAAGAAGAUGCUAUUCAGAAAGAAAGAGAUCAACUCCAGAGCUUACAGGAUAAAAGCAUGAAACAGAGAGAGGAAAAUACCAAGAUGAAAGAAGAACUACAAGAACAACAUAAUGCUCUGAAAAAGCUUCAGGAGGAGAUUGAGUCCAAACAACAAGCCUUCAAGAACCAGGAGGAAGACCUCAACACCAGAAAGGAACAACUCAAUGCACUGCAAUCAGAAAUAGAAACACAGAGCAACGCCAUGGAAGACAAAAUGAAACUCAUUGCACAGCAAGAGAGCGAAUUGACAGAAAGACAAACUCAAAUAGAUAAGCAACAGAAAAAACUACAAAGCAUGAUGGAGUUACACAGAGAAGAAACAUCUGUUCUUGAGCAACUCCGAUCAGAAAUUGAAGAUGAGAGGAAAGGAAUUGAGAGAACCAUUAUUGAGAGACUAAAUUCUGAGAGAGAGGAACUUGAGAAGAUGAAAAACAAACUGGACGAAGACAGAGAAGAAAUAGAAAAAGACAGAAGUGCCUUGAUGACAGACAAAGAUGAUCUCAAGACACAGUUGGAAGAUCUGGACUCGUGCAAGAAAUCUAUUCAAGAUGAAAAAGAUACAAUUCAAUUGAAGGCAUCUGAGGUGGAACAGAAGAAAAAUAACAUAGAAAAUAUGAUGGAUGAGAUGGCAAAUGAGAAAGAGAGAAUGAAAGAACAAGAGGAUGCUAUUCAGAAAGAAAGAGAUCAACUCCAGAGCUUACAGGAUAAAAGCAUGAAACAGAGAGAGGAAAAUACCAAGAUGAAAGAAGAACUACAAGAACAACAUAAUGCUCUGAAAAAGCUUCAGGAGGAGAUUGAGUCCAAACAACAAGCCUUCAAGAACCAGGAGGAAGACCUCAACACCAGAAAGGAACAACUCAAUGCACUGCAAUCAGAAAUAGAAACACAGAGCAACGCCAUGGAAGACAAAAUUAAAUUCAUUGCACAGCAAGAGAGCAAAUUGACAGAAAGACAAACUCAAAUAGAUAAGCAACAGAAAGAACUACAAAGCAUGAUGGAGUUACACAGAGAAGAAACAUCUGUUCUUGAGCAACUCCGAUCAGAAAUUGAAGAUGAGAGGAAAGGAAUUGAGAGUACCAUUAUUGAGAGACUAAAUUAUGAGAGAGAGGAACUUGAGAAGAUGAAAAACAAACUGGACGAAGACAGAGAAGAAAUAGAAAAAGACAGAAGUGCCUUGAUGACAGACAAAGAUGAUCUCAAGACACAGUUGGAAGAUCUGGACUCGUGCAAGAAAUCUAUUCAAGAUGAAAAAGAUACAAUUCAAUUGAAGGCAUCUGAGGUGGAACAGAAGAAAAAUAACGUAGAAAACAUGAUGGAUGAGAUGGCAAAUGAGAAAGAGAGAAUGAAAGAACAAGAAGAUGCAAUUCAGAAAGAAAGAGAUCAACUCCAGAGCUUACAGGAUGAAAGCAUGAAAGAGAGAGAGGAAAAUACCAAGAUGAAAGAAGAACUACAAGAACAACAAAAUGCUCUGAAAAUGCUUCAGGAGGAGAUUGAGUCCAAACAACAAGCUUUCAAGAACCAGGAGGAAGACCUCAACACCAGAAAGGAACAACUCAAUGCACUGCAAUUAGAAAUAGAAACACAGAGCAACGCCAUGGAAGACAAAAUGAAACUCAUUGCACAGCAAGAGAGCGAAUUGACAGAAAGACAAACUCAAAUAGAUAAGCAACAGAAAGAACUACAAAGCAUGAUGGAGUUACAUAGAGAAGAAACAUCUGUUCUUGAGCAACUCCAAUCAGAAAUUGAAGAUGAGAGGAAAGGAAUUGAGAGUACCAUUAUUGAGAGACUACAUUCUGAGAGAGAGGAACUUGAGAGGAUGAAAAACAAACUGGACGAAGACAGAGAAGAAAUAGAAAAAGACAGAAGUGUUUUGAUGACAGACAAAUAUGAUCUCAAGACACAGUUGGAAGAUCUGGACUCGUGCAAGAAAUCUAUUCAAGAUGAAAAAGAUACAAUUCAAUUGAAGGCAUCUGAGGUGGAACAGAAGAAAAAUAACAUAGAAAACAUGAUGGAUGAGAUGGCAAAGGAGAAAGAGAGAAUGAAAGAACAAGAAGAUGCUAUUCAGAAAGAAAGAGAUCAACUCCAGAGCUUACAGGAUGAAAGCAUGAAACACAGAGAGGAAAAUACCAAGAUGAAAGAAGAACUACAAGAACAACAAAAUGCUCUGAAAAGGCUUCAGGAGGAGAUUGAGUCCAAACAAAAAGUCUUCAAGGACCAGGAGGAAGACCUGAACAUCAGAAAGGAACAACUCAAUGCACUGCAAUCAGACAUAGAAACACAGACCAACGCCAUGGAAGACAAAAUGAAACUCAUUGCACAGCAAGAGAGCGAAUUGACAGAAAGACAAACUCAAAUAGAUAAGCAACAGAAAGAACUACAAAGCCUGAUGGAGUUACAGAGAGAAGAAACAUCGGUUCUUGAGCAACUCCGAUCAGAAAUUGAAGAUGAGAGGAAAGGAAUUGAGAGUACCAUUAUUGAGAGACUAAAUUCUGAGAGAGAGGAACUUGAGAAGAUGAAAAACAAACUGGACGAAGACAGAGAAGAAAUAGAAAAAGACAGAAGUGCCUUGAUGACAGACAAAGAUGAUCUCAAGACACAGUUGGAAGAUCUGGACUCGUGCAAGAAAUCUAUUCAAGAUGAAAAAGAUGAAAUUCAAUUGAAGGCAUUAGAGGUGGAACAGAAGACAAAUAACAUAGAAAGCAUGAUGGAUGAGAUGGCAAAGGAGAAAGAGAGAAUGAAAGAACAAGGAGAUGCUCUUCAGAAAGAAAGAGAUCAACUCCAGAGCUUACAGGAUGAAAGCAUGAAACAGAGAGAGGAAAAUACCAAGAUGAAAGAAGAACUACAAGAACAACAAAAUAUUCUGAAAGGGCUUCAGGAGGAGAUUGAGUCCAAACAACAAGCCUUCAAGGACCAGGAGGAAGACCUGAAUACCAGAAAGGAACAACUCAAUGCACUACAAUCAGAACUAGAAACACAGACCAACGCCAUGGAAGACAAAAUGCAAUUCAUUGCACAGCAAGAGAGCGAAUUGACAGAAACACAAACUCAAAUAGAUAAGCAACAGAAAGAACUACAAAACAUGAUGGAGUUACAGAGAGAAGAAACAUCGGUUCUUGAGCAACUCCGAUCAGAAAUUGAAGAUGAGAGGAAAGGAAUUGAGAGUACCAUUAUUGAGAGACUAAAUUCUGAGAGAGAGGAAAUUGAGAAGAUGAAAAACAAACUGGAUGAAGACAGAGAAGAAAUAGAAAAAGACAGAAGUGCCUUGAUGACAGACAAAGAUGAUAUCAAGACACAGUUGGAAGAUCUGGACUCGUGCAAGAAAUCUAUUCAAGAUGAAAAAGAUACAAUUCAAUUGAAGGCAUUAGAGGUGGAACAGAAGAAAAAUAACAUAGAAAGCAUGAUGGAUGAGAUGGCAAAGGAGAAAGAGAGAAUGAAAGAACAAGGAGAUGCUCUUCAGAAAGAAAGAGAUCAACUCCAGAGCGUACAGGAUGAAAGCAUGAAACAGAGAGAGGAAAAUACCAAGAUGAAAGAAGAACUACAAGAACAACAAAAUACUCUGAAAGGGCUUCAGGAGGAGAUUGAGUCCAAACAACAAGCCUUCAAGGACCAGGAGGAAGACCUGAAUACCAGAAAGGAACAACUCAAUACACUACAAUCAGAACUAGAAACACAGACCAACGCCAUGGAAGACAAAAUGCAAUUCAUUGCACAGCAAGAGAGCGAAUUGACAGAAAGACAAACUCAAAUAGAUAAGCAACAGAAAGAACUACAAAACAUGAUGGAGUUACAGAGAGAAGAAACAUCGGUUCUUGAGCAACUCCGAUCAGAAAUUGAAGAUGAGAGGAAAGGAAUUGAGAGUACCAUUAUUGAGAGACUAAAUUCUGAGAGAGAGGAACUUGAGAAGAUGAAAAACAAACUGGACGAAGACAGAGAAGAAAUAGAAAAAGACAGAAGUGCCUUGAUGACAGACAAAGAUGAUCUCAAGACACAGUUGGAAGAUCUGGACUCGUGCAAGAAAUCUAUUCAAGAUGAAAAAGAUACAAUUCAAUUGAAGGCAUCUGAGGUGGAACAGAAGAAAAAUAACGUAGAAAACAUGAUGGAUGAGAUGGCAAAUGAGAAAGAGAGAAUGAAAGAACAAGAAGAUGCAAUUCAGAAAGAAAGAGAUCAACUCCAGAGCUUACAGGAUGAAAGCAUGAAAGAGAGAGAGGAAAAUACCAAGAUGAAAGAAGAACUACAAGAACAACAAAAUGCUCUGAAAAUGCUUCAGGAGGAGAUUGAGUCCAAACAACAAGCUUUCAAGAACCAGGAGGAAGACCUCAACACCAGAAAGGAACAACUCAAUGCACUGCAAUUAGAAAUAGAAACACAGAGCAACGCCAUGGAAGACAAAAUGAAACUCAUUGCACAGCAAGAGAGCGAAUUGACAGAAAGACAAACUCAAAUAGAUAAGCAACAGAAAGAACUACAAAGCAUGAUGGAGUUACAUAGAGAAGAAACAUCUGUUCUUGAGCAACUCCAAUCAGAAAUUGAAGAUGAGAGGAAAGGAAUUGAGAGUACCAUUAUUGAGAGACUACAUUCUGAGAGAGAGGAACUUGAGAGGAUGAAAAACAAACUGGACGAAGACAGAGAAGAAAUAGAAAAAGACAGAAGUGUUUUGAUGACAGACAAAUAUGAUCUCAAGACACAGUUGGAAGAUCUGGACUCGUGCAAGAAAUCUAUUCAAGAUGAAAAAGAUACAAUUCAAUUGAAGGCAUCUGAGGUGGAACAGAAGAAAAAUAACAUAGAAAACAUGAUGGAUGAGAUGGCAAAGGAGAAAGAGAGAAUGAAAGAACAAGAAGAUGCUAUUCAGAAAGAAAGAGAUCAACUCCAGAGCUUACAGGAUGAAAGCAUGAAACACAGAGAGGAAAAUACCAAGAUGAAAGAAGAACUACAAGAACAACAAAAUGCUCUGAAAAGGCUUCAGGAGGAGAUUGAGUCCAAACAAAAAGUCUUCAAGGACCAGGAGGAAGACCUGAACAUCAGAAAGGAACAACUCAAUGCACUGCAAUCAGACAUAGAAACACAGACCAACGCCAUGGAAGACAAAAUGAAACUCAUUGCACAGCAAGAGAGCGAAUUGACAGAAAGACAAACUCAAAUAGAUAAGCAACAGAAAGAACUACAAAGCCUGAUGGAGUUACAGAGAGAAGAAACAUCGGUUCUUGAGCAACUCCGAUCAGAAAUUGAAGAUGAGAGGAAAGGAAUUGAGAGUACCAUUAUUGAGAGACUAAAUUCUGAGAGAGAGGAACUUGAGAAGAUGAAAAACAAACUGGACGAAGACAGAGAAGAAAUAGAAAAAGACAGAAGUGCCUUGAUGACAGACAAAGAUGAUCUCAAGACACAGUUGGAAGAUCUGGACUCGUGCAAGAAAUCUAUUCAAGAUGAAAAAGAUGAAAUUCAAUUGAAGGCAUUAGAGGUGGAACAGAAGACAAAUAACAUAGAAAGCAUGAUGGAUGAGAUGGCAAAGGAGAAAGAGAGAAUGAAAGAACAAGGAGAUGCUCUUCAGAAAGAAAGAGAUCAACUCCAGAGCUUACAGGAUGAAAGCAUGAAACAGAGAGAGGAAAAUACCAAGAUGAAAGAAGAACUACAAGAACAACAAAAUACUCUGAAAGGGCUUCAGGAGGAGAUUGAGUCCAAACAAAAAGCCUUCAAGGACCAGGAGGAAGACCUGAACAUCAGAAAGGAACAACUCAAUGCACUGCAAUCAGACAUAGAAACACAGACCAACGCCAUGGAAGACAAAAUGAAACUCAUUGCACAGCAAGAGAGCGAAUUGACAGAAAGACAAACUCAAAUAGAUAAGCAACAGAAAGAACUACAAAGCCUGAUGGAGUUACAGAGAGAAGAAACAUCGGUUCUUGAGCAACUCCGAUCAGAAAUUGAAGAUGAGAGGAAAGGAAUUGAGAGUACCAUUAUUGAGAGACUAAAUUCUGAGAGAGAGGAACUUGAGAAGAUGAAAAACAAACUGGACGAAGACAGAGAAGAAAUAGAAAAAGACAGAAGUGCCUUGAUGACAGACAAAGAUGAUCUCAAGACACAGUUGGAAGAUCUGGACUCGUGCAAGAAAUCUAUUCAAGAUGAAAAAGAUGAAAUUCAAUUGAAGGCAUUAGAGGUGGAACAGAAGACAAAUAACAUAGAAAGCAUGAUGGAUGAGAUGGCAAAGGAGAAAGAGAGAAUGAAAGAACAAGGAGAUGCUCUUCAGAAAGAAAGAGAUCAACUCCAGAGCUUACAGGAUGAAAGCAUGAAACAGAGAGAGGAAAAUACCAAGAUGAAAGAAGAACUACAAGAACAACAAAAUACUCUGAAAGGGCUUCAGGAGGAGAUUGAGUCCAAACAACAAGCCUUCAAGGACCAGGAGGAAGACCUGAAUACCAGAAAGGAACAACUCAAUGCACUACAAUCAGAACUAGAAACACAGACCAACGCCAUGGAAGACAAAAUGCAAUUCAUUGCACAGCAAGAGAGCGAAUUGACAGAAACACAAACUCAAAUAGAUAAGCAACAGAAAGAACUACAAAACAUGAUGGAGUUACAGAGAGAAGAAACAUCGGUUCUUGAGCAACUCCGAUCAGAAAUUGAAGAUGAGAGGAAAGGAAUUGAGAGUACCAUUAUUGAGAGACUAAAUUCUGAGAGAGAGGAAAUUGAGAAGAUGAAAAACAAACUGGAUGAAGACAGAGAAGAAAUAGAAAAAGACAGAAGUGCCUUGAUGACAGACAAAGAUGAUAUCAAGACACAGUUGGAAGAUCUGGACUCGUGCAAGAAAUCUAUUCAAGAUGAAAAAGAUACAAUUCAAUUGAAGGCAUUAGAGGUGGAACAGAAGAAAAAUAACAUAGAAAGCAUGAUGGAUGAGAUGGCAAAGGAGAAAGAGAGAAUGAAAGAACAAGGAGAUGCUCUUCAGAAAGAAAGAGAUCAACUCCAGAGCGUACAGGAUGAAAGCAUGAAACAGAGAGAGGAAAAUACCAAGAUGAAAGAAGAACUACAAGAACAACAAAAUACUCUGAAAGGGCUUCAGGAGGAGAUUGAGUCCAAACAACAAGCCUUCAAGGACCAGGAGGAAGACCUGAAUACCAGAAAGGAACAACUCAAUGCACUACAAUCAGAACUAGAAACACAGACCAACGCCAUGGAAGACAAAAUGCAAUUCAUUGCACAGCAAGAGAGCGAAUUGACAGAAAGACAAACUCAAAUAGAUAAGCAACAGAAAGAACUACAAAACAUGAUGGAGUUACAGAGAGAAGAAACAUCGGUUCUUGAGCAACUCCGAUCAGAAAUUGAAGAUGAGAGGAAAGGAAUUGAGAGUACCAUUAUUGAGAGACUAAAUUCUGAGAGAGAGGAACUUGAGAAGAUGAAAAACAAACUGGACGAAGACAGAGAAGAAAUAGAAAAAGACAGAAGUGCCUUGAUGACAGACAAAGAUGAUCUCAAGACACAGUUGGAAGAUCUGGACUCGUGCAAGAAAUCUAUUCAAGAUGAAAAAGAUACAAUUCAAUUGAAGGCAUUUGAGGUGGAACAGAAGAAAAAUAACAUAGAAAGCAUGAUGGAUGAGAUGGCAAAGGAGAAAGAGAGAAUGAAAGAACAAGGAGAUGCUCUUCAGAAAGAAAGAGAUCAACUCCAGAGCUUACAGGAUGAAAGCAUAAAACACAGAGAGGAAAAUACCAAGAUGAAAGAAGAACUACAAGAACAACAAAAUGCUCUGAAAAGGCUUCAGGAGGAGAUUGAGUCCAAACAAAAAGCCUUCAAGGACCAGGAGGAAGACCUGAACAUCAGAAAGGAACAACUCAAUGCACUGCAAUCAGACAUAGAAACACAGACCAACGCCAUGGAAGACAAAAUGAAACUCAUUGCACAGCAAGAGAGCGAAUUGACAGAAAGACAAACUCAAAUAGAUAAGCAACAGAAAGAACUACAAAGCCUGAUGGAGUUACAGAGAGAAGAAACAUCGGUUCUUGAGCAACUCCGAUCAGAAAUUGAAGAUGAGAGGAAAGGAAUUGAGAGUACCAUUAUUGAGAGACUAAAUUCUGAGAGAGAGGAACUUGAGAAGAUGAAAAACAAACUGGACGAAGACAGAGAAGAAAUAGAAAAAGACAGAAGUGCCUUGAUGACAGACAAAGAUGAUCUCAAGACACAGUUGGAAGAUCUGGACUCGUGCAAGAAAUCUAUUCAAGAUGAAAAAGAUGAAAUUCAAUUGAAGGCAUUAGAGGUGGAACAGAAGACAAAUAACAUAGAAAGCAUGAUGGAUGAGAUGGCAAAGGAGAAAGAGAGAAUGAAAGAACAAGGAGAUGCUCUUCAGAAAGAAAGAGAUCAACUCCAGAGCUUACAGGAUGAAAGCAUGAAACAGAGAGAGGAAAAUACCAAGAUGAAAGAAGAACUACAAGAACAACAAAAUACUCUGAAAGGGCUUCAGGAGGAGAUUGAGUCCAAACAACAAGCCUUCAAGGACCAGGAGGAAGACCUGAAUACCAGAAAGGAACAACUCAAUGCACUACAAUCAGAACUAGAAACACAGACCAACGCCAUGGAAGACAAAAUGCAAUUCAUUGCACAGCAAGAGAGCGAAUUGACAGAAACACAAACUCAAAUAGAUAAGCAACAGAAAGAACUACAAAACAUGAUGGAGUUACAGAGAGAAGAAACAUCGGUUCUUGAGCAACUCCGAUCAGAAAUUGAAGAUGAGAGGAAAGGAAUUGAGAGUACCAUUAUUGAGAGACUAAAUUCUGAGAGAGAGGAACUUGAGAAGAUGAAAAACAAACUGGACGAAGACAGAGAAGAAAUAGAAAAAGACAGAAGUGCCUUGAUGACAGACAAAGAUGAUCUCAAGACACAGUUGGAAGAUCUGGACUCGUGCAAGAAAUCUAUUCAAGAUGAAAAAGAUACAAUUCAAUUGAAGGCAUCUGAGGUGGAACAGAAGAAAAAUAACGUAGAAAACAUGAUGGAUGAGAUGGCAAAGGAGAAAGAGAGAAUGAAAGAACAAGAAGAUGCAAUUCAGAAAGAAAGAGAUCAACUCCAGAGCUUACAGGAUGAAAGCAUGAAACAGAGAGAGGAAAAUACCAAGAUGAAAGAAGAACUACAAGAACAACAAAAUGCUCUGAAAAGGCUUCAGGAGGAGAUGGAGUCCAAACAACAAGCUUUCAAGAACCAGGAGGAAGACCUCAACACCAGAAAGGAACAACUCAAUGCACUGCAAUUAGAAAUAGAAACACAGAGCAACGCCAUGGAAGACAAAAUGAAACUCAUUGCACAGCAAGAGAGCGAAUUGACAGAAAGACAAACUCAAAUAGAUAAGCAACAGAAAGAACUACAAAGCAUGAUGGAGUUACAUAGAGAAGAAACAUCUGUUCUUGAGCAACUCCAAUCAGAAAUUGAAGAUGAGAGGAAAGGAAUUGAGAGUACCAUUAUUGAGAGACUACAUUCUGAGAGAGAGGAACUUGAGAGGAUGAAAAACAAACUGGACGAAGACAGAGAAGAAAUAGAAAAAGACAGAAGUGCCUUGAUGACAGACAAAUAUGAUCUCAAGACACAGUUGGAAGAUCUGGACUCGUGCAAGAAAUCUAUUCAAGAUGAAAAAGAUACAAUUCAAUUGAAGGCAUUUGAGGUGGAACAGAAGAAAAAUAACAUAGAAAGCAUGAUGGAUGAGAUGGCAAAGGAGAAAGAGAGAAUGAAAGAACAAGGAGAUGCUCUUCAGAAAGAAAGAGAUCAACUCCAGAGCUUACAGGAUGAAAGCAUGAAACAGAGAGAGGAAAAUACCAAGAUGAAAGAAGAACUACAAGAACAACAAAAUGCUCUGAAAAGGCUUCAGGAGGGGAUUGAGUCCAAACAACAAGCCUUCAAGGACCAGGAGGAAGACCUGAACACCAGAAAGGAACAACUCAAUGCACUGCAAUCAGACAUAGAAACACAGAGCAACGCCAUGGAAGACAAAAUGAAACUCAUUGCACAGCAAGAGAGCGAAUUGACAGAAAGACAAACUCAAAUAGAUAAGCAACAGAAAGAACUACAAAGCAUGAUGGAGUUACACAGAGAAGAAACAUCGGUUCUUGAGCAACUCCGAUCAGAAAUUGAAGAUGAGAGGAAAGGAAUUGAGAGUACCAUUAUUGAGAGACUAAAUUCUGAGAGAGAGGAACUUGAGAAGAUGAAAAACAAACUGGACGAAGACAGAGAAGAAAUAGAAAAAGACAGAAGUGCCUUGAUGACAGACAAAGAUGAUCUCAAGACACAGUUGGAAGAUCUGGACUCGUGCAAGAAAGCUAUUCAAGAUGAAAAAGAUGAAAUUCAAUUGAAGGCAUCUGAGGUGGAACAGAAGAAAAAUAACAUAGAAAAUAUGAUGGAUGAGAUGGCAAAGGAGAAAGAGAGAAUGAAAGAACAAGAAGAUGCUAUUCAGAAAGAAAAAGAUCAACUCCAGAGCGUACGGGAUGAAAGCAUGAAACAGAGAGAGGACAAUACCCAGAUGAAAGAAGAACUACAAGAACAACAAAAUGCUCUGAAAAAGCUUCAGGAGAAGAUUGAGUCCAAACAACAAGCCUUCAAGAAUCAGGAGGAAGACCUGAACACCAGAAAGGAACAACUCAAUGCACAGCAAUCAGAACUAGAAACACAGGCCAACGCCAUGGAAGACAAAAUGAAACUCAUAGCACAGCAAGAGAGUGAAUUGACUGAAAAAGAAAAGCUAAUGGAUCAACAGCAGAGAGACCUAGAGAAUAUGAUUGAUAUACACAUAAAAGAAAAAUAUACUCUUGAGCAAAUCAGAUCAGAAAUCGAAGAAGAAAAAAUGAAAAUGGAGAGUACCAUUAUUGAGAGACUAAAUUCUGAGAGAGAGGAACUUGAGAAGAUGAAAAACAAACUGGACGAAGACAGAGAAGAAAUAGAAAAAGACAGAAGUGCCUUGAUGACAGACAAAGAUGAUCUCAAGAGACAGUUGGAAGAUCUGGACUCGUCCAAGAAAGCUAUUCAAGAUGAAAAGGAUGUUAUUCAAAGGAAGGUAUCUGAGGUGGAACAGAAGCCAGAUAACAUAGAAAAGGAGGAGAUGGCAAAGCAGAAAGAGAGAAUGGAAGAACAAGCAGAUGCUCUUCAAAGAGAAAGAGAUCAACUCCAGAGUUUACAGGACGAAAUCAUGAAACAGAGGGAGGACAAUACCAAGAUCAAAGAAGAACUACAAGAACAACAAAAUGCUGUGAAACAGCUUCGUGAGGAGAUGGAGUCCAAACAACAAGUCUUCAAGGACCAGGAGGAAUACCUGGACACCAGGAAGGAACAACUCAAUGCACUGGAAUUAGAUCUAGAAACACAGACUAAUGCCAUGGAAGAGAAAAUGAAAACCAUUGAACAGAAGCACAAUGAAUUCACAGAAAAAGAAAACCAAAUAGAUCAACAGCAGAAAGAGUUAGAGAAUAUGCUUGAUGUCCUCCAAGAGGAAAAAUCUGCUCUGGAGCAACUGAGAUCAGAAAUCAAAGAAGAAAAAACGAAAAUGGAGAGCACCAUUAAGGAGAGACUGAACUCUGAGAGAGAGGAACUUGAGAAGAUGAAAAACAGUCUGGACGAAGACAAAAAUGAAAUAGAAAACAACAGGAGUGCCUUGAUGAAAGACAAAGAGGGUCUCAAGAGACAGCUGGAAGAGCUGGACUCGUGCAAGAAAGCUAUUCAAAAUGACCAAGAUGAAAUUCAGAUAAAGUUAUCUGAGAUAGAACAAAAGUUUAACAUUUUAGAAAACAAGGAAGAGGAGAUGGCAAAGGAAAGAGAGAGGUUGGAAGCAGAAGCACAGAGCCUUCGAGAAGAACGGGAAGGUGCUCUUGAAAAAGAAAAGGAUAAUCUCCAGAGCCUACAGGAUGAACGCAUGAAACAGAGAGAUGACAAUACCAAGAUCAAAGAAGAACUACAAGAACAACAAAAUGCUCUUAAACAGCUUCAGGAGGAGAUGGAGUCCAAACAUCAAGCCUUCAAGGACUGGGAAGAAGAUCUGAACACCAAGAAGGAACAACUCAAUGCACUGCAAUCAGAUCUUCAUUCACAGACUAAUGCCAUAGAAGACAAAAUGAAAACAAUUGAAGAGAAGCAGAGUGAAUUGACAGAAAGAGAAGACCAAAUAGAUAAACAGCAGAAAGAGCUAGAGAGUGUGAUGGGUGUAUGCAGAGAAGAAAAAUCUGCUCUUGAGCAGCUCAGAUCAGAAAUUGAAGAGGAGAGGAAAGGAAUUGAUAGCAUCAUUAACGAGAGACUGAACUCUGAGCGAGAGGUUAUUGAGAACACAACAAUCAGACUGGAAGAAGACAGAAAACAAAUAGAAAACAUUAGAAAUGCCUUGAUGAAAGACAAAGAUGAUCUCAAGAAACAGUUGGAAGAUUUGGACUCACAAAAGAAAGCAAUUCAAUAUGAGAUUCAAAUGAAGUUAUCUGAGGUGGACAUACAGUCUAAUGACAUAUUGAAAAUGGAAGAGGAGAUAGAAAAGGAGCGGAAGAGAUUGGAAGAACAAGGACAGGCUCUUCAAAAAGAAAAGGAUCUUCUUCAACUCUCUCAGAUUGAAUGGUUGAGUCAGAGGAAGGACAAUGUUAAAAUGAAGGAAGAACUUCAAGAUAAGCAAAAGGCUCUUCAACAGCUUCAGGGAGAGAUAGAGUUUAAACAACAAGCCCUUGAGAGCCGAGAGGAAGACUUGAAUUGCAAGGAAGAGCAGCUCAAUUUACAGCAGUCAGAGCUUCAAGCACAGAGAGACUCAUUGGAAGACCAGAUGGUGGUCAUUGUCCAACAACAGAGUGACCUGACACAGAGGAAAGCUCAGAUUGACCAAGAACAAAAAGAGCUGGACACAAUGAUGGCCAUCCAUCAGAAAGAAAAAUCUGCUUUUGCACAAAACAUUGCACAAAGUAAGGAGGAGAGAGAAAGAAUUGAUAGCACUGUGAAAGAGAGCCUGAGUUCGGAGAGAGAAGAUAUCGAGAAACGUGAAAUGAGACUGAAUGAAGAGAGACAGGAAAUGGAAAAUUACAGACAAAUCAUAAUGAAAGACAAAGAUGACCUGAAGAGACAACAGGAAGAGUUGGAUCAAUACAAUACGGCUAUUCAAAAUGACAAAGAUGAAAUUCAAAGGAAGAUGGCUGAGAUGGAAGAAAAAGCCAUUCAUCUUCAGAUGAUGAUGGUUGAGGUGGUGAAGGAGAAAGCACAAUUGGAAGACCAGGCACAGGCCCUAAAUAAUGAAAAGGAUGAACUCGUAAGCCUUCAGAAUGAAAGUGAGAAACAGAGAGAAGAGAAUAAAAAAAUCAAGGAAGAAGUACAAGCAGAAAGAGAUGCUCUGACACAACUUCAGCAAGAGAUGGAGUCUAAAUCGCAAGCCCUGAAGGACCAGGAGGAGGGCCUUAAUGCCAGGACUGAACAGCUUGAGGUACAACAGUCAGAACUCCAAGCACAGAAAGACACCAUAGAACAUGAGAUGAAGGUCAUUGCUCACCAACAAAGUGGCCUGACACAAAGAGAAAAUCAGAUAGACAAACAACAAAAAGAUUUCGACAAGAUGAUGGAUGUACAUAGGAACGAAAAAUCUGAAUUGGAGCAAUUCAAAGCAGACAUGGAUGAAGAGAGGAGAAGAACUGAAACAACCCUUAAAGAGAGUCUACGUUCUGAGAGAGAAGAUUUUGAGAAACUUCAAAAGAGACUGGAUGAAAUACAGAAAGAAAACGAUGCUCUGAAACAGACUCAGCAAGAAAUGGAGUCUAAAACACAAGCCUUGAAUGAUCAGGAGGAAGAGCUGAAUAACAGAAAAGAGCACCUUGGGGUUCACCAGUCUGACCUUGAGGCACAGAGACACGCCAUUAGAGACCAGAUGAAGGACAUUGCACAGCAGCAGAGCGACCUGACAGAAUGGAAAUCACAAAUUGAACAGCAACAGAAAGAGCUAGAUGUCAUAAUUGAUUUAAACCUGAAAGAAAAAUCUGCUCUUGACCAAAUCAGAGCAACCAUUGAAGAGGAGAGACAAAGAAUUGAGAGCACUAUUAAAGACACAAUGCGUUCUGAAAGAGAAGACCUAGAGAAACAGAAAAAUAAGUUGGACGAGGAAAAACAGGAAGAAGAAAACUACAGAAACGCCUUAUUGAAAGAGAAAGAGGAAUUAGAAAAUCUUAAAAAUGAUCUCAACAGACAGUUGGAGGACGUGGAUCAAUACAGGAAAACUAUUCAAGAUGAAAAAGAGGAAAUUCAAAGAAAGGCAACCGAAGUGGAAGAAAAGGCAAGUCACACUGAAAUCAUGAGGCAGGAGAUGGCGAGGGAGCGAGAGAGAUUUGAUGAACAAUCAGAUCAACUCCAAAGACUUCAAAAUGAAAUCGAAAAGCAGAGAGUAGAGAAUGACAGGAUCAAGGCAGAAAUACAGGCAGAAAGAGAUUACCUGAAACAGUUUCAAGAAGAGAUCAAGGUCCUAGAAGACACAGUCAUACCACAUAUGGAGGAGAUAAAGUCAACACCUGAGAGGGCAGAUGUUUCAAUUGCAGAAACAGUGGUGGAGCGCGAUACCCAGACACCUGCAGCAGCAGAGGAGCUGCAUGAUGUGACAACCCAAACUUCUGUGGUGACUACAGAGCUGUCUCAUAAUGCAACACAAACAGUCGAUCAGAAACCAAUGGAGACACAACCUGCAACAAAAGAGAUGGUUGAUGCUGCAGCACAGACUGUACAAACUGACUUGGAGGAUGUGGAUUCUACGACACAAACAUUAGCCUCUGAAGAGGACACAACACAAGCACCAGUAGCAAUUACAGAGCUGACUGAUACUGCAACACAAACAGUAGAGGAGCCUUUAAGGGAGACUGAUGAAAAACCUAUGGUGGAGACAGAGACUGAGGCUGCAAUAUCUGUGACAAAACUGACAGCUGAGGCUGCAACAGCUUCUGAAGAGGCUGAUGCUUCAACCCAAACACCCAUGGAGAGUAAAGAGCUGUUUGAUACUGCAAGUCAAACAGAAGAUGACCCUUCCAUGCAGCAGACUGAUGCAAAACCUGCAGUGGAGGCAGAGCCUGAAGCGGCACAAUCUGUGACAAAAGAGACGGUUGAUUCGGAAACACAAACUGUCACAGCUGAACUGGAGCAGGUGGAUGCAACAACCAAAACACCUGUCAUGGCUGUUGAAGAAGACCAUGUUGUAACAGCAGCUGUGGAUGCAGCGCCGGAGACAACACAACCGGUGAGAAAAGAGAUGGUUGAUGCUACCACUGAGACUGUAACUCUUGAAGCAAGGCAGGCUGAUGCUUCAACACAAACACCAGCAGUAACUGUGGAACAGGAUGAGGCUGGGACAGAAUUACCUGAAGUACCUGUAACUGUGGAACAAGAUGAUGCAGCCACCCAAACACUUGACGAAGGAGUGGAGCAGCAUGAUGCCGCUACCCAAACACUUGCAGAGCAAGAAGAGCAAGAAGAUGCAGCGGCAAAAACGCCUGCAGGAGAUUUACAGCUGUUUGAGGUCGCCACCCAAACACCAGUGAUGGCCAUAGAAUUGUCAGAUACUGCAACACAAACAGCAGAGGCAGAAGAGCAAAAAGCUGCAGUACCUGUGACAAAAGAGAUGUCCAAUGCUGCAACACAGACUGUAAAAACUGAAUUGGAGCAGCUGGAUGCAACAACAGAAUCACCUUCCCUAACUGUGGAGGAAGAAGAAGAUGUAACACCAGGCUUAGUGCUGUUUGAGGCAACCACCCAAACACCAGUGGUGAGCACAGAACUGUCUGAUACUGCAUCACAGACAGAAGCGUUCCCUGCUGAACAGGCUGAUGCAAUAACUAUUGUUGACAUUGAGUUUGACACAACCCAAACCGAGACAAAAGAGGUGUCUGAUACAGCAACCCAGACUGUAACAGCUGACUUUGAGCAGGUGGAUGCAUUAACCCCUACACCUGCCAUAGCUGUGGAGGAAGACCAUGUGUUAACAGCAGCUGUAGAGCUGUUUGAGGCAGCCACCCAAACACAUGUGGUGACCCUGGAGCUGUCUGAUACAGCAACGCAAACAGUGGAAGAUCCUCUAGAGCAGGCUCAUGCAAAACUUGCUGUGGAGACAGAGCCUGAAACUGUGCUUGCUGUGACAAAAGAGACGGCUCAUGCUGCAACUCCUGAAGAAGCGCAGGCUGAUGAGUCAAUGCAAACCUCCAAAGCAACUGUGGAACAGGGUGAUGCAACAACCCAAGCACCUGCAGUUGGAAUGUUACAGGCUGAUGCUAUAACAGAAUCACCCGCAGCACAAACAACUGCAAAAGGAGUGGGGCUGUCUGAUGAAACAAUCCAAACAUUUACAACAACAGCAGAAGUGAAGGCCAAGGCAAUAAAAACACCUGCACUAGCUGUGGAGAUGUUUGAAGCAGCCACCCAAACACCAGUGGUGACCACAGAACUGUCUGAUAUGGCAGUACAGACAGAAGAGAUUAUUUUAGAACACUUUGAUGCAAAACUUGCAGUGGACACAGAUCCUGAUGCCGCACAACCUCUGACAAAGGACACAACUGAUGCAGCAACACAGACCCCACUUGUAAAGGGGAGGCAAGUUGUUAUGAAAGAACGAUACUUUUUACCAUCCUUUAAACAGGCAGUGAAAACCCUUGCAACAGAACUUCAGCUUGAAGCACAGUUGGCUGAAAUCAAGAAAGCUGAUGCUGAAACACCCGCCAUUGUUGAAAAGGUAAAACCAAAAGACAAGGCAGAUGCCAAGGAACAGACUCCUGAGAUUGAGCCAAAGAUAGAUAGCAGUGUGAAACCAGUGGAGAAAGAAGAUGUGGCAGAAGAGGAUGGGGAAGACAAACCCCAUACAAAAGAAACUGAUGAGACUGCAGUUGAAGUGGAAUCUGACACACAGAAACAGGAAUCUUUAGAGGCAGUGAAUGCUGAAAUCAUACAAAAGCAAGCUGACCUUGAGAAACUGAAGAUGGAGAUAGACACCCUUCAAACAAUGCUGAGCACUGAAAGAGAAGAGCUGGAGCAGACGAGAGUGCAGAACCAUAGCGAGAAGGAGAGAGCAGUAGCAUUGACCACACAACGUCUGAAGCUACAGGUCGAUCUGGAACACAUUGCAGUUGAGACCUGGAAGAAAAGAGCUGAGCUAGAAUUGGUCCAUAAGGAGAUUCAGGACAAACAACAAGAGACGAUACCUGAUGCAGCACAGAUGCAUGGGAAGUAUGAGGAACAAGUCAGAAAACAAACUGAGACAGCGGUUCAGACAGACGUCAAGGGUGAAGAGUUAAACAACAUCCAAUCAGCUUUGAAUAAAGACAGGCAAGAGCUGAAAAUCCUACAGGAGGCACUGCAAAAAGAACAAAGCUUACUCGAGCAAGAAAAGAUGGAAGCAAACCAACAAGAACAAGAAAGGAGGAUGGCAGCAAAGAAGGAAGACGAAAAGCUGAGGGGAACACUUGAUGCAGAUCAAGAUUCUUCAUUUAAAGUGGACACUCUGCAAAAAGACAUUGAAGAAUUGAAGCUGAAGAAAUCUGAGCUGGAAAGACAAGAACAGGACAUUGCUAAACGAGCAGAAGCCGUAAGACUGAGAGAAAAUGAGCUGGAGAAGUCAGCAUCUGAUAUGCAGCUUUCAAAAACAGCGAAGGGAAUUACCCUAGCAGAGCAGAGAGAGACAGCAGAGAUCAUCAAAGAGAAAACACUGAGAGGCACAGAGGCACUUACAGAGUUAACUUCAGAGAUUGAGAUUCAGAGAAGUAAACUGACGCAUGUGUUGAAUGAGUGUCAGAGAAAAGCCAAGGAGCUACAACAGAUUCAGGAUGAGUUAAAGGACAUAGAAAUAGAGGUUAUCAAACUAAAGAACACGAAGAAAGUGCUAGAAGAAGAAGAGGAAGCACAAAUAAAAGCCAUUACAGACAUUAAACAGAUUGUAAAAGAAGACAAAGUUACAGAGCAACUGAAACCAACUGAAAGGACAGACGUGGCAACGAUGACAGUCACACCAAUAGAAAAAGUGUUGCACCGUCAAAAUGCCACAACUCAAACACCACAAGACGAUAAAAGAGAGGACACAGACAAGCUGAGGCAGUGGCAGGAGGAAUAUGACCAAAAGAGCCAGGAACUUUCCACAAUGGAAGCAGAGAUCCAAAGACAGCGUGAGGAAACCGAAAAGAGCAUACAGGCAAUGGAAAAAGAAAAGGCAGUCAUGUUGCAGGACAGAACUGAACUUCAACGAUGCUUGGAAGACAUAGAGAGGGGGGAGACUGACAAAUGCUUUGAAAGGCUGGAACAGCUCACAACCACAUGGAUAUCACGAGGCUGGGAUGUCGGCACACUGAAAGUCCAAAGAGGAAAGCAGCCAAAAGACAGAACAGCUGAAAAGAAGACAACCAUUGAAAGAGAAGAAAUCAAACAAAUGGAACAGAGGAUACUCGAGAUGAAAAAGGAUCUAGAGGAGCGGUGGGAAGUCUUUGAACAAAAACAGAAAGAGAAGGUGGAACUUCGGAGACAACUAGAGCUCCGAAGAGGUGACAUCGAGAAAUACAAAGACUUACUUCAAAGGCAGCAGGCCGUGGACAGCCAGGUGGCCAACGAGAGGGCCCGACAAGUUCAGAUCAUUAAGGACCUGAUGAUGAAGGAGAUCGAGGCACUGAGGAGCAUAGGCAAAGGCGUCAGCAGCGAGCAGCUGUGGAGACUAGCACUGCAGAUAUCCCAACUGGAGAGGUCACUGGUGAGGACCGUCGACCGUGCCAUGCAGACCUUAACCCAGAGGGGGCCGAGUCAGACGGGGGCCUUGAUCUCGUCUCAACUGGAGCACACACGGGAGGUUCACCACAAAUCGACAGGUGUGAUGGUAGAGGUCGGGGACAGCAGCACAGCCAUGGAUGUAGGACCAGGGAGACCCAGAGAGAGCAGAGGAACACAGACGGGCAGGAUACAUCAGCGGGACUCUCUAUAUGUCAGAGUGCUGAGGUGCUUCAGAAGGUGUUGCUGCAACUGCUGUUGCUGUCGCUGUGGGAACACGGAACACAGCCAGGUGGACUUACAUGACGAAUAGCCCAAACUCAAUAUCCUUGGGGCACAUAAGAGCAGCACAUACAUGAAAUGUUGGAGAAUACACCUAUUUACUACAGAGGUCUAACAGAGAAGAUUCUGGAAUCAUCAGUUACAUUUUUGUAGUGUUAUAAUUGUUUUAAGUUGAAAUUAUUCUAAUGACACUUAUGCCUAUAAUAAUAUUCCUGAUUUUUAUUUCAAUAAUAUGUUAUAUUUGCUGGCUCCAAUUUUCACAAUAUUACAGUAUAUUCAGAGUGAAUCACUUAUAUGAUAUUUAGCCUAUAUUGUCAGAAAAGAUGAGGAAAUUUAAGGAAAAUGCUGUGGGCGAUGAUGUUACUUAUUUAUUUGUUGUAUUGAUUUAGCCUAUUGCUUUCUUUACUGAUUGCCAUUAGUUGGCUAGAGUAGGCCUACAGCUGUAGUAGGCUAGGCUACUUUUAUUCACGCCUAAGAUUGGAACAAGUUUAUGACAAAUAGGUCUACUAAACUUUAGGAUAGCCAACUUCAGUCUUGUUUACGAUGCCCGUGUUUAAGAGUUUGUAACAGUGUUUGUUU